CCCGACCUCUCCACCGUUACAGGAAAACAGGGCCUAUGUCUGGACACGCUCGAUGCCGCGCGACUGGAGAAGAUCCGCAGUCUGGAGGCGACGGAGGCGAUCCGCCCCGAGGAGGCCGCCCCAGAGAUGCAGAAACCAGUCUUCACCACUCCACUCAACAACCUGGAGAACCUUCAGGAAGGUCAGCACGCUCACCUCGAGUGCCGCCUGGAGCCCAUCAACGACCCCAAACUGCGCGUGGAGUGGUUCGUCAAUGGAAAGGAAAUCCGGACAGGACACAGCGCCGCUCAAUCUAUCUGGAUACCAGCACCCGGAGGGCUGGCAAGAAUCCGCGACCUCGAGUCUCGCGAGACUCAGCGCCCGGAGGAGGCGGAAGAGCCCAAGGAGGCGCCGCGCUUCGUCCAGGAGCGCCGGGGUCAGAUCCAGCUGGCGGAGGGUGGCUCAGCGCACAUGGAGGGUCGCAUCGAGCCGCUGCACGACUCGGACCUGCGUCGAGUUUCUUCCACAACGGGAAGCCGCUGCAGUCGGCGUCGCGGUUCCACACGACGUUUCGACUUCGGCUACGUGUCGCUGGCAUCGGCGGCCUGGUGGAGGGAGGAUGCGACAAGAGAAGAUCAUCUCGUCGACGCAGCACCCGGAGGGUCUGAGGCGAUCCGCCAGCUGGAGCAGCGUUCCCCGGAGGUGCGCCAGGAGGAGGCGGCCACCUACCAGAAGCCCAUGUUCACCCAGCCCCUGCAGAGCGACAACCGCCUGGACGAGGGACAGGCGGUGCACCUGGAGGCGCGCCUCAUCCCCGUGGGCGACCCCAAACUCAAAGUCGACUGGUUCAGGAACGAGCAGCCGCUUCAGUUCGGUUCCCGGUUCAAGCCAACGCACGACUUUGGCUACGUGGCGCUGGACAUUGCCGGUCUGCGACCCGAGGACGAGGGCGUCUACUCGUGUCGCGCCACCAACGAGCUCGGAGAGGCCGUCACCACCGCCUCCAUCCGCAUCAAGUCCGAGGCCAACAUCGUGCUGGACACGCAGCACCCGGGCUCGAUGGCCAAGCUGGCCGCGCUGGAGCAGAAGGCGCCCGGGGAGCCGGCAGAGACCGAACAGGAGUUCGAGAAGCCCGUGUUCACCAUGCCGCUCACCGGGCCCACCGAGCUCAUCGAGGGUCAGCACGCGCACUUCCAGGCUCGCUGCGUGCCCGUCGGUGACCCCAGCCUGCGCUUCGAGUGGUACUGCAACGGCGUCGAGCUCAAACUCGGCUCUCGCAUCAAGGAGACGCACGACUUUGGCUUCAUCACGCUGGACAUCAUGUCUGUGAUCCCCGAGGACGCCGGCAUGUACAUGUGCAAGGCCAUCAACAAGGCCGGCGACGCCGUCACCACCACCUCACUGCACGUGCACGACCGCAGCAGCGUGCUGGGUGACGCCAUCCACGCCACGGCCUGGGACAAGAUCCAGCUGAAGGAGGCCGAGAUGAACCGCGUGCCCGAGAUGUACGUGGAGGAGCGACCGCAGCAGGCGCCCGUGUUCACCACACACCUGCAGAGCCACGACCGGCUCACUGAGCAGCAGAGCGUCCACCUGGAGGCCACCGUCGAGCCCAAGACCGACCCCAACCUGCGCGUCGAGUGGAGCAAGAACGGCGUGCCGCUCAUGACCGGCGCGCGUCUGAGGAGCACGUUCGACUUUGGCCUAGUGACGCUGGACAUCAUGAGCCUGCGAGGCGACGACUCGGGCAUCUACACGUGCCGAGCCGUCAACCAGAUGGGAGACGCCGUCUCCACAUGCACACUCAAGGUCGAAGACAAGCACUGGCUGCUGGGUCAGUCUCAGAGACCCGAGGCGCUGCCGGCCAUCGCUCAGCUGGAGCUGGGACGUGGCCCGGCCGAAGCGACCUCGCCCGAUGUCACCUUCGAGCUGCCCGUCUUCGUGUCACAUCUCAACGACGUGCAGUGCAACGAGAACGAGCGCGCCUGCUUCGAGUGCCGCGUCGAGCCGGCCAAGGACCCCAACAUGAAGAUCGAAUGGUUCCUGAACGGCGAGCCGAUGAAGAGCGGCUCCCGUUUCACGACCCACUACGACUUCGGCCUGGUACAGCUGGAGAUCGCCGACACCCUGUCGGAGGACGCCGGACUCAUCGUCUGCAAGGCCACCAACCAGAAGGGCUCGGCGCAGACCACCGGCACACUCCGGGUCAAGAGCUCAUCCGAAAUCUUCAAGGAGACUGGAGAAAAGCCACGCUUCGUUACACAGAUACAGAGCGUGGAGAACCUGCAGGACGGCGACUCGGCGCACUUCGAGUGUCAGCUGGAGCCCGUCGGAGACCCCGACAUGAAGGUGGAAUGGUUCCACAACGGCGCGCCUCUGCGCCACUCCUCGCGCAUCAAGGCCGUCUCCGACUUCGGCUACGUCCUUCUCGACAUCGCCUACGGCCAGACGGAGGACUCUGGCGAGUACGAGUGCCGCGCCACCAACAAGCACGGCUCGGACAGCACGCGCGCCACGCUGCGCUGCCAGGGCCGGGGCGGCGUAUUCCUCGACUCGCUGCAGCCGCAGGCGCUGAGACACAUCUCCGAGCUGGAGAUGACGCCAGAGGUGGACGGAAAGCCCCCGGCGCCCGGCUCGCAGGCGCCCAAAUUCACCAAACACGUCACCGAGAUCACCAACAUGGUGGAGGGCCACUCGGCGCACUUCGAGGCGCGCCUGACGCCCGUACACGAUCCUGACCUGACGGUGGAAUGGUACCGCAACGGCGAGAAGCUGCCGAGCGGCCACCGUUUCCGGACGUUCCACGACUUCGGUAUCGUCAUCCUGGACAUCCUCUACUGCUACGAGGAGGACUCUGGGGAGUACGAGUGCCGCGCCGUCAACAAGGCCGGCUCAGACGUCACCAAGGCCACGCUCAAGUGUGUGUCGAAGGAGAGCCUGAUCUUGACUCCACAGAUACCCAAGGAAAUGAGCGGUGGCCUGGAGAAGAUCCAGACCCUGGAGGACUCCACGCGGUUGACGCGCGAGGAGAAGGAGGACGUGACGACGCGCGUGGCGCCGCGCUUCACGGUGCCCUUCAACAACAUCGACGACCUGCGCGAGGGAGAGAACGCCCACUUUGAGGCGCGACUCACCCCCGUGGAUGACCCCAAACUGAAGACGGAAUGGUACCACAACGGCAAGCCGAUGAAGGCGUCCAGCCGGUACCGCACCUUCUGCGACUUCGGCUUCGUGAUCCUGGAGAUCUCUCCGGUGUACCCGGAGGACAGUGGCGAGUUCACGUGCCGAGCGUUCAACGAGGUCGGCGAGGCCACCAGCACCGCCGUCAUGAAGUGUUCCGGCAAGAGGAACAUCAUUCUUGAGAGCCAGCUGCCCAAGGGCAUGGAAACGAUGCAGAAGAUUGCUGACCUGGAGAAUCUGGGCAUCAAGCCGGUCAUGCCGGGCGAAACUGAGGAGGGCGCUCCACCGCAGUUCCUGACGCAGCCGGCCGACGUCAGUCUGGUGGAGAACCAGCUGGCGCACUUUGAGUGCCGCCUCACCCCGGUCGGAGACCCUACCAUGAGGGUCGAGUGGUUCCACAACGGACGGCCCCUGUCAGCAGGAUCGCGCGUCCGCACCAUCAACGACUUCGGCUACGUCAUUCUGGAGAUCGGCGGCAUCUACCAGCGCGACGCCGGUCUGUACACCUGCAAGGCCGUCAACAGGCACGGCGAGGCGUCAGUCUCCUGCUCCCUCACCGUCAAGGGCCGCCAGGGCGUCGUGUUGGAGCCGCAGAUGCCACACGGCAUGGAAGGUAUCCGCAAGCUGGAGGAGUCGCUCUACCACUCAGAGCAGGUGCCGGUGGAGGACGCCGCGCCGCAGCCGCCGCGCUUCGUCACAGAGAUCAAGAACCUCGAGUCUCUGUUCGAGGGCCAGCCGGCGCACUUUGACUGCCGCGUGGAGCCGGUCGGCGACCCCAGCAUGCGCAUUGAGUGGUUCCACAACGGACGGCCCAUCGACGUCGGAUCCAGGGUUCACUUCCUUGACGACUUCGGCUUCAUCGUGCUGGACCUGGACUGGACGUUCCCGCGCGACUCGGGAGAGUACGUGUGCCGUGCCACCAACAAGUGGGGCACCGCCACCACCAAGGCCACCCUCAUCUGCAAAGCCAAGCGGGACGUGGUGCUCGAGUCUCAGCUGCCCAAGGGCAUGUCUGGUGACCGUCUGCGAACCCUCGAGGAGGGGCCCAAGAUGGGCGAGCCGAUGGCACCGGAGGCGGAGGCAGAGCCGCCGCGCUUCGUCAAGGAGAUUGGCAACGUGGACGUUGGCGAGGGUGAGACGGCCUUCUUCGACUGCAAGGUGGAGCCCAAGAGCGACCCCAACCUGCGGGUGGAGUGGUUCAGGAACGGCGUCCAGGUCCAGACGGGCCACAGGUUCCGGACUACGUUCGACUUCGGGUACGCGUCGCUGCAGAUUCUGGGAGUAUACCCAGAGGACGGCGGCGAGUACACCUGCAGGGCCGUCAACAAGGUCGGACAGGCCACCUGCAAGAGUGCACUGACCUGCCGAGCCAUUUCGUCGGUGAUCAUGCUGACCCAGGUGCCGAAGGGCAUGAAGCCCGCCGACUACCUGAUGCAGAUGGAGGCCACCCUGAAGCAAUACACCUCGGAGAUCCACCUCACUGAGGAGGAUAUCUACGACGCCGACCGCAAACAGCCGCCGAGGUUCGUCACCCAGAUCCAGAGCCAGCCGAACUUGGUGGAGAUGGAACAGACCAAGUUUGAGUGCCAGCUGGCGCCCGUUGGAGACCCCAACAUGAAGGUCGAGUGGUUCUUCAACGGCAGACCACUGCCAUACAAGAACCGCUUCACACCGAUCUACGACUUUGGUUACGUGGCGAUGAACUUUGGCUGGGUGUACCCGGAGGACUCUGGGGAGUACCUGUGCCGCGCCACCAACCUGUACGGCAUGGACGAGACCAAGGCCAUCAUCAAGACUAAGGGCAAGCCGGGUAUCGUGUACGAGUCCCAGCUGCCGAAGGGCAUGGAAUCUGUCAAGAAGAUCCAGGAGAUGGAGUCCCACUGGAACCGGGCGCCCGACGCGCCCCUGGAGGAGGAGCGCGCCCGCGAGGCGCCCGUGUUUGUCACCAAGCCGGAGCCGGUGACGGUGAACGAGGGCGACUGGGCGCGCUUCUGCUGCCGAGUCACCGGCCAUCCGCGACCCCGCGUCAUGUGGCUCAUCAACGGACACACCAUCGUCAACGGCACACGCUACAAGCUGACCUACGACGGUAUGUGGCGACUGGACAUCCCCAAAACUCGUCAGUACGACCACGGCAAGAUCGAGGUCGUCGCCCGCAACUCUGCCGGCGAGGCCUACUGCUCCUGCGAGAUCAACAUCAACGCUCGGCAGGACGACUACCGUGCCGUCCUCAAGAACUCGCCGAAACCCUGGUAUGACUAUGACCUGCGACAAUACCAGAGCGAGCGCCAAGAGGUGGAGACCGAGCGGGUCUUCGAAGAGAAAGUGCGGCCCGGCAUAUCUGUUCUCUAUCAGGGAGAACACAGCAAAGUUGUGGAGGAGCCCGAGGCGCCCAGGCGGUCCAAGCGGGGCUCUGACGCUUCAGACGUCGGCAAACAGCUGCCGCAAGAAAGAACCCCGCUCGGCUCUGUGGCCAAGGGCAUGGCGGCUAUCUACGUCCAGAAACUGGCUGAGGCAGGACAGAAGCCGGGAGCAGCCCGACCUGGCACAGCCUCAGCGCCCACUGAACCCGCAGCACCCGGAAAGGAGGCGCCAGGCCGUGCACCGAUCUUCACCCGUAAGAUGCAGCCGAGCCGGGCUUUCGAGACGAACGGGGCCCGGUUCGACGUGGACUUUGUGGGCGUGCCACCGCCCGAGAUCACGUGGUUCCGAGAGGACUUCCCGAUCACGCCCAGCCACGACUUCAAGGUCACCACCACCGGUCGGCACUCGACGCUCGAGAUCCGGGAGGUGUACAGCGAGGACUCGGGUCAGUUCUCGUGCGUGGCCUCUAACGAGCACGGCCAGGUGCGCUGCUCCGCAAACCUGGUGGUGGAGGAACGUCCACUGCCGCACGGUGUCCAGGUGCCGCCCAACUUCACCCAGACCCCGCGCGACGUGCAGCUCUGGCCCGGCACCAAGGUUGUCACGUUCGAGGCCAAGCUGGCCGGAACGAAACCGGUCGACGUCUACUGGCUGAAGAGCGGAGACCACGUGGAACCUGACGGUCGCCACAAGGUGGCCAGCGACCGGGACACCUACACGCUCACUGUGCUGGAGCCGACUGCCGACGACUGCGGGCCGAUCGAGUGUGUGGCCAUCAACGCGUCCGGGGAGGCGCGCUGCCAGGCUGAGCUGCGAGUCGCUGAGGGUCCAGAGGACACCACGCAGCCGAAACCCAAAGCCCAGGGGAAGGAGGUUCCGCCAAAGAUAACCGUGCCCAUGAAGGGCGUCACGGUGCAGGAGGGACACCCUGCCACACUGCGGUGUCGCUUCUCCGGGCAGCCAGCUCCGACGCCGCAAUGGCUGAAGGAUGGACAACCGGUAAAGCCGUCCAAAUACUUCAAAAUCGAGCAGGACGGCGACACGUUCGUGCUGAAGAUCUCCGAGUGUUUCAAGGAGGACGAGGGAAUAUACACCUGUGUGGCGACCAACUCGGCAGGCAAAUCAACCAUGAAGGCGCCGCUGAAAGUCACAGCUCCGAAGCAGGAGAUCGUCCCCACUGUGUCCCCGAUGAAGGACGUCAUCUGUAUGGAGGGUGAGCCCGCCCGGUUUGUGGCCAAAAUCACCGGCAAGCCCACCCCUACGGCGACGUGGCUGCGCGAGGGCCAGAUCAUCCCGCAGAGCGGGGAGUUCAAGAUGACACUGACGGGCGGCACGGCCGUGCUGGAGAUCUGCGAGACGUACUCGGACGACACGGGCACCAUCACGUGCCGCGCCACCAACGGCGCCGGAACCAGCGAGGCUUCCGCGCGGCUCACGGUCCAAAAACAAAAGCCCGUGCUGCCAGAGACCAAAGAGGGCAAGGCAGCUCAGCCAACACAGUCAGCACAGCCGGGUCAACCGGACAAACCAGUGUGGCCGCCUUCUCGUAUCGAGGUCCCCGUACUGGUCACUCCCAAGACUCCGUCGCCCACGCCGGAGGAUGACGAAUCUCAGCGUGAGAAGAAGGUGAACACCGCCAAACGGUGGUGGGGUGCGGCGCCGCUCAAGAAGGCACCGCCCAAAAAGCGAUCUACUCCGAAGAAGAGCGAGAAACCCGAGACAGUGCCAUGGGCCAACGCCAAGAAGACGCUGAAGCGCGCAGAGCGCAUCGUUCACAAGCCGACCAAAUUCCAGCUGGAGCGUCCAGAGCUUCACCACGUGGAAGACGACGACGAUUGGAGCGAUACGAUGAGCGUCAGUUCGCACAUCAGUAUCAGCGAGGACGACCGCGGUCGGCGCUACUCGUUCCUGAUGCCCGAGGAAGGCCUGCCGGGCAGCCGGCGCGGCUCGACGGACCGCGCUCGCUCGGCUUCACCGAUGGGCCGCCGUCCGUCUGAGAUCGUGUGCCUCCGUCCCACGGAGCGCCAGCAGCCCAAGCCAGUGGAGAAACCUCGCAUCGAACAGGUGCCGCUCAAACCGGCCUUCGAACAGCCUCCUCUGUCACAAACACAGCAGCCACAGCAGUCACAGCAGGUUCCGUGGCAGCAGCUAUGGCAGAAGCCGCAAGUUGAGCAGCCGCAACAGCCUCAGGAACAGCAUGACGAGCAACAACAGCCGCAGCAGCCGUGGCAACAGCAGCCUCAGCAACCCCAACAACCGUGGCAACAGCAGCCUCAGGAACCUCAACAACCAUGGCAACAGCAGCCACAACAACCCCGGCGGCCAUGGCAACAGCAGCCCGAGCAGCCUCAGCAUCCUCAGCAGCCUCAGCAGCCGUGGCAAGAGCAACCUCAGCAACCUCAACAACCGUGGCAACAGCAGCCUCAGCAACCCCAACAACCGUGGCAACAGCCUCAGCAACCUCAACAACCGUGGCAACAGCAGCCUCAGCAGCUCCAACAACCGUGGCAACAGCCUCAGCAACCUCAACAACCGUGGCAACAGCAGCCUCAACAACCCCAACAACCGUGGCAACAGCCUCAGCAACCUCAACAACCGUGGCAACAGCCUCAGCAACCUCAACAACCGUGGCAACAGCAGCCUCAGCAACCCCAACAACCGUGGCAACAGCAGCAGCCUCAGCAACCCCAACAACCCUGGCAACAGCAGCCUCAGCAGAAACAGCAGCCUGAGGAGCCGUUACAACAGGCCCAACAACCUUGGCAGCAGGUUAAGCCUGAGGAGCAGCGACCAUGGCUAAGACAAAAACAGCAACCACAGCAGCGACCGCAAGAGCAGCCGAUGGCCGCCGAGGACGGACGCAUAUCACCCACAGAAGAAGAGCUAGUAGAAGCUUCUCCGUGGGCACGUGGCCUCGUGCGCCAACGGGUACAGUACACGAGUGAUACGGCACCAUGGGCUACCGGCAGCGUACAGUUGAAAGCCGUCGAGACCGUCGAAAAGAAGGUGUUGGAGAAACCGCAGCUGGCCACGGUGGAACUCCGACCGGUGCCUGACCAGGCUGAUACUCUGCGCCGACGGUCCAUGGACGCACGCGGUGAGACAUCAGAGCUCCCACAAGAUGCGUCCCUCCAACCUGAAGCAGAGCAGCAGGUGCCUUGGGCUCGCGCAAAAGAGCAACUGCGCACAGCAGAAAAGCCAGAAAAGAAAAGGCCGGAGAAACCUAAACUAGAACCGGUAGAACUAAAACCAGUUCCGAAACUCGAGGAAAUGCCUGUGCCAGAACGUGCGGUGGAAACAGGCGUUGACGACGAGGACGAAACGAAAAGCGACUCCGCAAAGCCACCAUGGGCGAGACGCAAGGCAGAACUAAAGCCAACUGUGACAGAAAGUAAGCCAGUCGAGAAACCCAAACUCAGCAAGGUAGACCUCAAGCCAUUAAGAAAGGCCGAGGAAGCAGCGGACGGACAAGAAGCUGAAGAAACUGAAAACAUCAGUGAGAUGCUUAAAGAUACAGAGGUCAAGGCGCAUCCAGUUCCCUGGGCACGUGAAAAUGUUCAGCUUAAGCCGACCAAACAGGAAGAAAAGGUAUUUGAAAAGCAAAAACUAGAGACGGUGCAGCUGAAGCCUACGCAGCCUGUAAAAACAUCGCAAAGCGUUGCAGAUGAACAAGGCUAUGAAGUCGUAAAGAGCAGCAGCGAAUCAUCAUUUGAAAAGAUUGACGUUGUGAAAAGCUCAAGUGCUGAAUCUUUUGAGAUGGUGGAAAAGGCAACAAUUCCUCAACAGCAGGAUAUCGAGCAGACAACCACUGGACCCGAAGCCGACACCCAGCCUGCCUGGAGAGCUCCCAAGAAGCAAAAAGAGAAAGCACAACCAGAGAAGACGGAUGAAGCUGACACACCACGAGCAAGUCCCGCCAAACCGGAAGAGACGACUCGGCCAAGAGGAAUAAAACCUCAAAAGCCAGCAGCUACGGACUUGCCAGAAGAUGAACUAGCACGCGAAGAGGAAGGCAAAGCGCCAGAAGAAACCGCAUCACCUACCCAAAAGCAGGAACCAAAGGGGGUUCCAUGGGCGCACCCUAAACCACAAGAACCGAAGGAAGUUCCGUGGGCUCACCCCAAACUGAAAGCUACGCCACGUGCUGAGCCUACAGAGGAGCAGCCAUUGGGCCAACAACCGCAGCAGCGCACCCCGGACGACAGGUCGGAGCAAGAUCUUCAUCCAUCGGAACCUGCUGAUGAAAAGAAAGAGGAGCCCGAAAAGGAGCCAUGGCCAAGAGGUAGAAAGCACAAGAAGGGCACAAGACCAGAAAAGGGUGUGACUGAGGUGCCAGCUGAAUGUGCUCAGUCACCUGAAGAUUGGGUGUCGUUGGAUGCACCAACUGACGAAGAAAUCACACAGAAACGAGAUGAGGCUGCUGUCAAGAAACCAAAACAAAGGCAAACUGAAGUUGUUCUGCAGAAACCAGAGGAACAGCAAGCGGCUGUACCUCCCAACACAGAGGCCAAGGAUCAUCCUGAGGACGUAAAAUUAAAAAAGAGACCAGCGCCAGUAAAAUUACAGGAGCCAGAGGAAGUUCCUUGGGCACAUCCCAAGCUGAAACCUUCCGCACGGAAGGAUUAUGAGCCUGAACAUGUGACAAUGGAAGACGUUAGUCUAAAGAAGCUUCCGGAACAAGAGGAAGCUGAAAUACCGACUGAGGAAAAGGAACAUAAGAUCAUAGAAGUAGAGCCAUUCGCACCAACUGAUGUGCCUACGCAUGACGACGUUGAACUUGAUGAGCUUGAAUUGGAUAUGCCCGAUCAGCCAAAGAAAGACAAAACUCCCAAGACUUUAAAGAAAGCUCCAAAAGCUGAAGGUCCCAAAAAGCAAAAGGAUAAGUCUCCAGAGAAAGGAAGGUGGGUAAGAGGGCAGAAACCGGACCAGGAGACACCUGAAGACGAGGAAGGUCUGAGAAUCGGAAAAGGGAAACUUCCUGAAGAUGAUAAGCCUUUAGAAUAUAGGCUUAAGCCUGGUAAGCCUGGACCUCGUGGCGAAGAGCCACAAGAAGAAAUAACCCUUAAGCCAUUUGCUAAAGCACCAGCAGACGAAACACCAAAAGAGGCAGAUGGUCAAAUAAAGCCAGAUUACGUUCCAACACUGCCUGAAAGAGAGCCAGUAGAGCUUCAACCGUAUGACAAGACUCCCAAAGAUACAGACACACAGAAGGAGGAUCUUCCAGAAACAGAAGAGAAGCCAGUGCCAAAAGACAAGGAAGAUAUUCCAAGCGAGGUUCCAACGGAACCCGAAAAGCUUGGUGAAGAGUCACCGAAACCAAAGGAUGGAAGAGAGACGGGUGCCAUUCCCAAGGUUCGACGAGCUAAGCCGACCCAAAGGGCGACCGAAGAGGACGUCAGUGAGGUCUCUUCAGAAACAUGGACAACCGAAGACUUUGAAAUUGUUUCCAAGGAAGCCGUUGAAGUCGAUUCAACAAUGGAGAAACCUGUGAGAAAACGAUCAGAUAAAAAGAAAGUAAAGCCUCGUAAAAUGAGGCCUGAAAGCCAAGAAAAGCCCGAUCAACAAGAAAAGCCUGAGAGUGUUACUACUGAGGAAGUUUUCACUCAUGAAAUGGAAGAAAAGGAUGAAUUCGAGGAGGUAAUUGAAUACAGUGCUGAAGAUGUUCCUGAUCAGGGAGAUGUUCAAGUGGAAGAAGUCCCAGGCGAAGAUGUUCCAACUGAGAAGCCGAAGACAAAGAAAAGUCGCAUGGUAUUCUUCCCAGCCCCUGGCGCACAGAAAAUCAAGCCUCCUCGCUUUACUAGAAAGAUGCAGCCCGUGGUCGCUAACAGAGGCGAUGUUGUUACCUUUGAGGUAGAGUUUGAGGGCAAUCCGGCGCCUACGGUAUCGUGGUUCCUGAAUAAUGUUGACUUGAAAACGACUAAGCAUACUACGAGCUGGAGCACCGAGUCCACAGCUGUGCUCGAGAUCACCAAGGUGACGCGCAAGCACGUCGGACACUACACCUGCAAAGUGACCAAUCCCGGAGGCUCGGCCACAUCAACGGCUAGCCUGGUGGUACAAGAGAAACCAAAAGAAGGAGCACCGGCUCAGAUUGUGGAGCCACUCAACCCUCGCCAAGUGCGACCCGGUCAAACCUUGGCCUGGGAGGUCAAGGUCAUCGGCUCGCCACCGCCGCAAAUCACUUGGUUCCACGAAGGACAGCCGAUCCGUCCCUCGGACGACUUUGUUCCGUCCUUCAACCCCGACACGGGCGUGGCGCGGCUGACGGUACCCACCGUGAUGCCGGAAGACGUCGGCAACUACACCGUUCUGGCAGAGAACCCCUUCGGUCGGGAUCAGAAUACCGCCAACCUCAUCAUUGUCGAAGGAACCGAUUUGGAGAGUCUGCCCGAGGGUAGCCAGCCGCCAGCGCUGGUGGUUCCCCUUCGAGCGGUGGUCGCCAGGCCGGGAGCCGAUGUCACCUACCAUACGGCCUUCGAGGGCCUGCCGCCACCGGUCAUCACCUGGUUCCACAACGGCAAGCCUGUCGACGAGACCGAGGGCUACACGGUCAUCACCGACGACCGCGAGUCGCGACUGGUGCUGUCCCGCGCCUCCACGCCCGAUGAGGGUGUCGUUGAGGUGGUGGCCACCAACGCGGCCGGCGAGGCGCGGUCACGUGCCACGCUGGUCGUUUCGCCGGAGCUGCCUGACGAGGCAGAGCUGCAAGCUCCCAGUUUCGUGCGUCCAGUCCGACCUCAGCAUGUCCCGCUGGGAGAAACAGUGGUCAUCGAGGCAGAGGUGACCGCAAAGCCUGAGGUCACCUUCACUUGGAUGCGCGAUAACAAGAGGCUCAAGAACACCAAGAACAUUCACAUUACCAGUGACGGCAACAAAACUGUGCUCGUUAUUAGUGAGAUGCGACCGAAGGAUGUUGGAGAGUACACAUGUGUUGCAGAGAAUGAGGCGGGCAUGACGUCCUCAGCGGCGUCCAUCCAGCCGCGGUCUUCGCCGGAGAAGGCGCCUCGUGAGCCUUCUGUCACCCAGCCAGCCCCAGAGCAGCCGUCCGAGACUAGCGUGGGAGCUGAUCGAUCCAGCCCAGUCUCCGUGACCAAAUCCGAGUCCCCAGAGCAGGUGGUGACAGACGAAAAGACGGUGCCAGAAGAGACUCCGAAGAAAACGCCAAAGAAGGCGCAUAAGAAGAAGCCAGAGAUAUCCGAAGAAAACCCUGAAGAAAGACCUGAUGAAGCACCUGAAGAGGUGCCAGAUAAGCCAGCGGCUCCUAAAAAGGAGCCGGUACCUGAGGAGCAGGUUCCGACUGAGGAACUUCCUGAAGAGGAGGAAGUAUCUUCUGACUUACCGAAGGUAACGAGCCUGACACCUGUUAUCAAGCUGAUGGACGGCGAAGAGCUCAAGGUGUCCUGUAAGAUCGUCUCACCCACUCCGACCCGCGUCGCCUGGCUGCACGAAGGCCAGCCGAUGGACGAGCACCGUGACGUCGAGGUGACCAUGUCGCCCGACGGCGUGUGCACGCUCUACAUCAGCGAGGUGUACCCGGAGGACGCCGGCACCUUCACCUGCCGCGUCACCAACGCCGUCGGUCCCGGCGAGGCCACGUCUCACGUCAGCGUCGAGCCGUACGAGUACGUGCAGGACUCUGAGAUCGCCUCAAUGACGGUGGGCACCCUGCUCAGCGUGGACGACCACAGUGAGGAGGACCUGCUGGACGCACCCGAUGAGCUCGGACCGCGCUUCGUGCGCCGGCUGCCGCGAACGACCAGUGUGCCGGAAGGCAGCCCCAUCACUUUCGAGUGCCGCCUGGCGCCCGAGGCACCGUGUGAGGUCACCUGGUACCUCAACGAGCGAGCGAUCCAGCCGGGCCGUGACUUUGAUGUGGAGACGCUGGAGGACGGCACGCAGCGCCUGACUGUGCUGCAGGCGUUCCCUGACGACGCCGGCGUGCUGACCUGUGAGGCCGAGAGCGAACGGGGUGUGGCCACCACCAGUACCCAGCUGCUGGUAGAGUCCGCGCCCAGUCACGACGAGGACUCUCCCAGCUACCGGAAGCCGGACUGGGUGGUGCAGAUGGAGGAGACGAAGGCGGCAAUCCGAGCCCGCCAGCAGCCGCCCAAGUUCACCACGGAGCUCACCGACCAGAAGGCGAAGGAGAACUCGAGCGAAGUGGAGUUCAAGUGUGCCGUCUCGGGUGUACCGAGACCAGAGGUGACGCUGUUCCACAACGACCUACGACUGUCGCUCUCUCGCUUCGUGCGUAUCCUGUACGUGGACGACCGCGUCAGUCUGGUGCUGUGCGAUGUCACUCCAGACAUGGCCGGCCAGUACACGGUGCGCGCCGUCAACCCGGCCGGAGAGGCCACCUCCACCGCCACGCUGGAGGUGCAGGAGUUGUCUGAAGAGGAGCGCGAGGAACUGAUCAAGGAGCGUCAGGAGGCCGUCGAAAAGCGGAAAAAGCGCGAACAGGAGCGCAUCCGACGCAUGGAAGAGAAGAAACGAAUCCAGGAGGAGACGGCGAGGAAGAUCCGGGAGAAGAAGGAGCUUCUGAAGCCUAUAAAAAUAAAGUCGGAGGCAGGUCAAAGGCCGAGCGGCGCAGGUGGAAGUCAGACGAAUGAGGAUCUUCCAAAUUGGACCAGUGUGCGACUGAAGCCCACCCAGCCCGACUCUCAGUCAGCGACAGAAGACAGCGCGGAUGUACAGCUAAGGCCGGUCUCGCCACAAGAGUCGCACCCACCAGUCGAUGGUGAUGACAUUAUUCUUAGGCCCGUUCCAGAGAAGGAGACAGAACUCCCUCACAAGGACCAGGUUAAGUUGAAGCAAGUUCAUUUCAAGGGACUAGAUAUGUUGGAAGAAGGAGAAGACAUUGACUUGAGAUCAGUCCCAGCUAAGGAAAUUGAGGUGCCUCAUAAAGACCAAGUGCAGUUGAAACAAGUUCACUCCAAAGAGCUGACAACACUUGAAGAAGGAGAAGAUAUACAACUGAAGUCAGCAUCGGAAACACAGCCCCAGGUUCCACAUAAGGGACAAGUGACGCUGAAACCAGUACCUCCAAAGGAGCCAAAGCGAUUGGAAGACGCCGAGAGCAUCCGUCUUAAGCCUGUUCCUCUAAAACACGUGGACCCCCAAGAUGGACCGGAAAACAUUGAGCUUAAGACAGUUAUGCAAAGCGAAAUUGAAGUGCCACACAAAGAACAAAUCAAGCUGAAACCAAUCCCACCAAAGCCUGCAAAAACCAUUGAAGAAAAGGAGAGUGUCAAGUUAAAGCCGGUUCCUCUGAAGCAGUCAAAGGUAACGGACAAAGAGGCCCACAAAUUGAAACCGAUAGCUCAACAACAACAACCAUCAGUACCACAUAAGCAGCAGACAUCGCUGAAACCAAUCCCACCCAAGGAACCAAAAGCAAAGCCAGAAAGAGAAAGUGUUAAGCUCAAACCAGUACCUAAGAAAGCUGCAGCUCAGAAAGGUGAAGCUGAACUCAACGCAAAAACUCAAGCAUCACCUGAGCAAAGUAGGCUUCAAGAUCUAGAGCUGGAGAUAAGCGAGGAAGACGGGAUCCCGAAAACCGAACCAAAACAACAAAUGGAUGACAGUGAAAAACGGUUGGAAGAUGUGGCGGACCAAGAGGUUGGUAUGGAACAAACAGGUAAUGCAUCUCUGAACCUCACACCAAACAAGGAGCCAGACGACGUCCAAGUGGAUCAAGAUGAUGCGUUAAAGCCGAUUCCACCCAAACCUACAGAGGAUGAAACAGACAGGGAGGAGGCCGCACCUAAAUCUGUACCACCAAAGGAGGUUGAAAUUCCUCAGGAAGAGCAGGUUUCUCUCAAACCUGUACCAGGCAAAGUACCAAAGGAGACACAGGAUAAGGAAGAAGUACAACUGAAACCUAUUCCACCAAAGCCUGAGAAAGAAAAGGAAACUAAAGAAGAAGUGAAACUAAAGCCUGUUCCACCAAAGGAAGUCGAGAUCCCUCACAAGGAGCAGGUGUCUCUCAAGCCCGUCCCUGGCAAAGUACCAAAGGAGGCUGAAGAAAAGGAAGAAGUACACUUGAAACCAAUUCCACCGAAGCCUGAAAAAGAACAGGAAACUAAAGAGGAAGUAAAACUAAAACCUGUACCACCAAAGGAAGUCAAGAUCCCUCGCAAGGAGCAGGUGUCUCUCAAGCCGGUUCCUGGCAAAGUACCACAAGAGGCUGAAGAAAAGGAAAAAGUCCACUUGAAACCAAUUCCACCGAAGCCCGAGAAAGAAAAGGAAAUUAAAGAAGAAGUAAAACUAAAACCUGUACCACCAAAGGAAGUCGAGCUUCCUCACAAGGAGCAGGUGUCUCUCAAGCCGGUUCCUGGCAAAGUACCACAAGAGGCUGAAGAAAAGGAAGAAGUACACUUGAAACCAAUUCCACCGAAGCCUGAAAAAGAAAAGGAAACUAAAGAAGAAGUAAAACUAAAACCUGUACCAACAAAGGAAGUCGAGAUCCCUCACAAGGAGCAGGUGUCUCUCAAGCCGGUUCCUGGCAAAGUACCACAAGAGGCUGAAGAAAAGGAAAAAGUCCACUUGAAACCAAUUCCACCGAAGCCCGAGAAAGAAAAGGAAAUUAAAGAAGAAGUAAAACUAAAACCUGUACCACCAAAGGAAGUCGAGCUUCCUCACAAGGAGCAGGUGUCUCUCAAGCCGGUUCCUGGCAAAGUACCACAAGAGGCUGAAGAAAAGGAAGAAGUACACUUAAAACCAAUUCCACCGAAGCCUGAAAAAGAAAAGGAAACUAAAGAAGAAGUAAAACUAAAACCUGUAUCACCAAAGGAAGUCGAGAUCCCUCACAAGGAGCAGGUUUCUCUCAAACCUGUUCCAGGCAAAGUAACAAAGGAGACUGAGGACAAGGAAGAAGUACACCUGAAACCAGCUCCAUCGAAACCUAAGAAAGAAAAGGAAACUAAAGAGGAGAUAAAACUGAAGCCCGUCCCAACAAAAAAGCCCAAGGAGUCGGAAGAGAAGAAACAAGUUCAAAUGAAUGCAGUUCAAGAAACAAGUACUCUCUCAACGGGAGAUCAAUCAAGCGAACCCCCAAAGAAAAAAGGGACCAAGAAGAAAGCAAAGCCAAAGGAAGCUCAAGAAACACAAGAGGUUAUCGUCGAGGAACUCAUUGAAUCCAUAAAAGGGGAAGAAGCCCAUAUGGAGAAGGUGCAGCCGAUCAUUGAGGAGCAGACCGCCCUGGAGACAGAGGAGACUCUGAGUGAGUCACAAACGGAGCCUCUACCGGAGGAGCGGCCCUCGCAACAGCCGCCAGUAGAUGUAGGGGCGGUCCGCGACCGGCCUGAGGACACGGCUCCGGCACACCGGCCGCCAGGGACGACGUCCCCGCCGGCUGAGACCGCAGAGCGAGAGGACAAAACACCCGAAUGGCGCGCAGCCAAACCCCUGCAUGAAGAAACCGAACAACCGAAGGACACAGUCUCUGAGACUUCAACGCCUAUGGAACACCCAGCCACGGAGCAAAAACCAGACACAUCAAUUAUAGAUGAUGCCAUUUCUAAUAUCCCAGGUGCAAAACAUAUUUCCGAGACAACAAAAACCGAAGUGCAGGAAGCUGAUGAUGAGGUGAUUAAACUGGUUACUACGACCAAACGUAUCCAGAGGGAGAAACCUGAAGACAUCGAAGAGACUCCAGAGGAAGUGCUUCCUGAGGUGCCCAUCGAAGCUGAACCUACCGUUACUGUCGUUGAGUCGGACGACUUUGUUGAGGUAACAGAGGUCACAACCACAAAGGAAGUGCAGCCUGGGCCAGACAACAAGGAGGAGAUUAUUGUAAAAACAAAGACAAAGAAAACAAAGAGACCCCAAGAAAAAACAGUUGAAAGUACAAAGCCAGACACAACAACAAAGACACCUUUGGAUAUGGAGAUUGAGGACAUUCCCGGUGUCAAGGAGGUCUCUGAGUCAACGGUUAUUGAAGUAACUGAAGAAGACGACCAGCCAGUUGAGGUAGUAACAACGACAAAGAAAAUCAAACGAACAAAACCAAAACGGCCGGAGGACGAGACUGACCAGGCACUGCCUUCGAUUCCGCAUGUUCCCGAGACCACAGUAACUACAGAGGAAGACGAUGAUCAUGUUACUAUCGUAGAGACUACAACUGUCAAGGACAUCACCCCGAAACCCGACAACGAAGAAGAAAUAACAGUCGUUACAACCACCAAGAAAAUACACAAACCCAUUGAAGGGGAUGCCACACCAAAGAAGAAGCCAAAGAAAGACAAACCUAAACGACGAAGGCCCGAGGAAACUCCAAUCGAGAAGGCUAUAUCCGAAUUGCCGGGAGUGACAGAUAUUUCCGAGACAACAAAAACCGAGGUAGAAGAACCUGAUGAUGAGGUGAUAGAGCUAGUAACUACAACAAAACGUAUCCAGAGGAACAAACCUGAAGAAAUCGAGGGGACUCCAGAGGAAGUGCUUCCUGAGGUGCCCAUCGAAGCUGAACCUACCGUUACUGUUGUUGAGUCGGGCGAAUUUGUUGAAGUAACAGAGGUCACAACCACAAAGGAAGUGCAGCCUGGGCCAGACAACAAGGAGGAUAUUAUUGUAAAAACAAAGACAAAGAAAACAAAGAGACCCAAAGAUAAACCAACCAAAGGUCCAAAGCAAGACACAACAAAGACACCUUUGGAUAUGGAGAUUGAGGACAUUCCUGGUGUCAAGGAGGUCUCUGAGUCAACGGUUACUGAAGUAACUGAAGAAGACGACCAGCCAGUUGAGGUCAUCACAACGACAAAGAAAAUCAAACGAACAAAACCAAAACGGCCGGAGGACGAGAUUGACCAGGUACUGCCUUCGAUUCCGCAUGUUCCCGAGACCACAAUAGCUACAGAGGAAGGCGAUGAUCAUGUUACUGUCGUAGAGACUACAACUGUCAAGGACAUCACCCCGAAACCCGACAACGAAGAAGAGAUAACAGUCGUCACAACCACCAAGAAAAUACACAAACCUAUUGAAAAGGAUACCACACCAAAGAAGAAGCCAAAGAAAGACAAACCCAAACGGCGAAGGCCCGAGGAAAUUCCUAUCGACAAAGCUAUAUCCGAAUUGCCGGGAGUAACAGAUAUUUCCGAGACGACAAAAACCGAGGUAGAAGAAGCUGAUGAUGAGGUGAUAGAGCUAGUAACUACAACAAAACGUAUCCAGAGGGAGAAACCUGAGGACAUCGAGGGGACUCCAGAGGAAGUGCUUCCUGAGGUGCCCAUCGAAGCUGAACCUACCGAUACUGUCGUUGAGUCGGACGACUUUGUUGAGGUAACAGAAGUGACAACCACAAAGGAAGUGCAGCCUGGGCCAGACAACAAAGAGGAGAUUAUUGUAAAAACAAAGACAAAGAAAACAAAGAGACCCAAAGACAAAUCAACCGAAGGUACAAAGCAAGACACAAAAACAAAGACACCUUUGGAUAUGGAGAUUGAGGACAUUCCUGGUGUCAAGGAGGUCUCUGAGUCAACGGUUACUGAAGUAACUGAAGAAGACGACCAGCCAGUUGAGGUCGUCACAACGACAAAGAAAAUCAAACGAACAAGACCAAAACGGCCGGAGGACGACAUUGACCAGAUACUGCCUUCGAUUCCGCAUGUUCCCGAGACCACCGUAACGACAGAGGAAGGCGACGAUCAUGUUACUGUCGUAGAGACUACAACUGUCAAGGACAUCACCCCGAAACCCGACAACGAAGAAGAGAUAACAGUCGUCACAACCACCAAGAAAACACGCAAACCCGUUGAAGGGGAUACCACACCAAAGAAGAAACCAAAGAAAGACAAACCUAAACGGCGAAGGCCUGAGGAAACUCCAAUCGAGAAGGCUAUAUCCGAAUUGCCGGGAGUGACAGAUAUUUCCGAGGCAACACAAACCGAGGUAGAAGAAGCUGAUGAUGAGGUGAUAGAGCUAGUAACUACAACAAAACGUAUCCAGAGGGAGAAACCUGAAGACAUCGAGGGGACUCCAGAGGAAGUGCUUCUUGAGGUGCCCAUCGAAGCUGAACCUACCGUUACUGUUGUUGAGUCGGGAGACUUUGUUGAGGUAACAGAGGUCACAACCACAAAGGAAGUGCAGCCUGGGCCAGACAACAAGGAGGAUAUUAUUGUAAAAACAAAGACAAAGAAAACAAAGAGACCCAAAGAUAAACCAACCGAAGGUCCAAAGCAAGACACAAGAAAGACACCUUUGGAUAUGGAGAUUGACAACAUUUCUGGUGUCAAGGAGGUCUCUGAGUCAACGGUUACUGAAGUAACUGAAGAAGACGACCAGCCAGUUGAGGUCGUCACAACGACAGAGAAAAUCAAACGAACAAAACCAAAACGGCCGGAGGACGAGACUGACCAGAUAUUGCCUUCGAUUCCGCAUGUUCCCGAGACCACAGUAUCUACAGAGGAAGGCGAUGAUCAUGUUACUGUCGUAGAGACUACAACUGUCAAGGACAUCACCCCGAAACCCGACAACGAAGAAGAGAUAACAGUCGUCACAACCACCAAGAAAAUACACAAACCCGUUGAAGGGGAUACCACACCAAAGAAGAAACCAAAGAAAGACAAACCCAAACGACAAAGGCCUGAGGAAGCUCCCAUCGACAAAGCUAUAGCCGAAUUGCCGGGGGUGACAGAUAUUUCCGAGACAACAAAAACCGAGGUAGAAGAAGCUGAUGAUGAGGUGAUAGAGCUAGUAACUACAACAAAACGUAUCCAGAGGGAGAAACCUGAAGACAUCGAGGGGACUCCAGAGGAAGUGCUUCCUGAGGUGCCCAUCGAAGCUGAACCUACCGUUACUGUUGUUGAGUCGGGCGACUUUGUUGAGGUAACAGAGGUCACAACCACAAAGGAAGUGCAGCCUGGGCCAGACAACAAAGAGGAGAUUAUUGUAAAAACAAAGACAAAGAAAACAAAGAGACCCAAAGAUAAACCAACCGAAGGUCCAAAGCAAGACACAAAAACAAAGACACCUUUGGAUAUGGAGACUGAGGACAUUCCUGGUGUCAAGGAGGUUUCUGAGUCAACAGUUACUGAAGUAACUAAAGAAGACGACCUGCCAGUUGAGGUCGUCACAACGACAAAGAAAAUCAAACGAACAAAACCAAAACGGCCGGAGGACGAGAUUGACCAGGUACUGCCUUCGAUUCCGCAUGUUCCCGAGACCACCGUAACUACAGAGGAAGGCGAUGAUCAUGUUACUGUCGUAGAGACUACAACUGUCAAGGACAUCACCCCGAAACCCGACAACGAAGAAGAAAUAACAGUCGUCACAACCACCAAGAAAAUACACAAACCUAUUGAAAAGGAUACCACACCAAAGAAGAAGCCAAAGAAAGACAAACCCAAACGGCGAAGGCCCGAGGAAAUUCCUAUCGACAAAGCUAUAUCCGAAUUGCCGGGGGUGACAGAUAUUUCCGAGACAACAAAAACCGAGGUAGAAGAAGCUGAUGAUGAGGUGAUAGAGCUAGUAACUACAACAAAACGUAUCCAGAGGGAGAAACCUGAAGACAUCGAGGGGACUCCAGAGGAAGUGCUUCCUGAGGUGCCCAUCGAAGCUGAACCUACCGUUACUGUUGUUGAGUCGGGAGACUUUGUUGAGGUAACAGAGGUCACAACCAUAAAGGAAGUGCAGCCUGGGCCAGACAACAAAGAGGAGAUUAUUGUAAAAACAGAGACAAAGAAAACAAAGAGACCCAAAGAAAAAUCAACCGAAGGUCCAAAGCAAGACACAAAAACAAAGACACCUUUGGAUAUGGAGAUUGAGGACAUUUCUGGUGUCAAGGAGGUCUCUCAGUCAACGGUUACUGAAGUAACUGAAGAAGACGACCAGCCAGUUGAGGUCGUCACAACGACAAAGAAAAUCAAACGAACAAGACCAAAACGGCCGGAAGACGACAUUGACCAGAUACUGCCUUCGAUUCCGCAUGUUCCCGAGACCACCGUAACAACAGAAGAAGGCGACGAUCAUGUUACUGUCGUAGAGACUACAACUGUCAAGGACAUCACCCCGAAACCCGACAACGAAGAAGAGAUAACAGUCGUCACAACCACCAAGAAAACACGCAAACCCGUUGAAGGGGAUACCACACCAAAGAAGAAACCAAAGAAAGACAAACCUAAACGGCGAAGGCCUGAGGAAACUCCAAUCGACAAAGCUAUAGCCGAAUUGCCGGGGGUGACAGAUAUUUCCGAGACAACAAAAACCGAGGUAGACGAAGCUGAUGAUAAGGUGAUAGAGCUAGUUACUACAACAAAACGUAUCCAGAGGGAGAAACCUGAUGACAUCGAGGAGACUCAAGAGGAAGUGCUUCCUGAGGUGCCCAUCGAAGCUGAACCUACCGUUACUGUUGUUGAGUCGGGAGACUUUGUUGAGGUAACAGAGGUCACAACCACAAAGGAAGUGCAGCCUGGGCCAGACAACAAGGAGGAGAUUAUUGUAAAAACAAAGACAAAGAAAACAAAGAGACCCAAAGAUAAACCAACCGAAGGUCCAAAGCAAGACACAAGAAAGACACCUUUGGAUAUGGAGAUUGACAACAUUCCUGGUGUCAAGGAGGUCUCUGAGUCAACGGUUACUGAAGUAACUGAAGAAGACGACCAGCCAGUUGAGGUCGUCACAACGACAAAGAAAAUCAAACGAACAAAACCAAAACGGCCAGAAGACGACAUUGACCAGAUACUGCCUUCGAUUCCGCAUGUUCCCGAGACCACCGUAACAACAGAGGAAGGCGACGAUCAUGUUACUGUCGUAGAGACUACAACUGUCAAGGACAUCACCCCGAAACCCGACAACGAAGAAGAGAUAACAGUCGUCACAACCACCAAGAAAACACGCAAACCCGUUGAAGGGGAUACCACACCAAAGAAGAAACCAAAGAAAGACAAACCUAAACGGCGAAGGCCUGAGGAAACUCCAAUCGACAAAGCUAUAUCCGAAUUGCCGGGGGUGACAGAUAUUUCCGAGACAACAAAAACCGAGGUAGAAGAAGCUGAUGAUGAGGUGACAGAAUUAGUUACUACGACAAAACAUAUCCAGAGGGAGAAACCUGAAGACAUCGAAGAGACUCCAGAGGAAGUGCUUCCUGAGGUGCCCAUUGAAGCUGAACCUACCGUUACUGUCGUUGAGUCGGGAGACUUUGUUGAGGUAACAGAGGUCACAACCACAAAGGAAGUGCAGCCUGGGCCAGACAACAAAGAGGAGAUUAUUGUAAAAACAAAGACAAAGAAAACAAAGAGGCCCAAAGAUAAACCAACCGAAGGUCCAAAGCCAGACACAACAACAAAGACACCUUUGGAUAUGGAGAUUGAGGACAUUCCUGGUGUCAAGGAGGUCUCUGAGUCAACGGUUACUGAAGUAACUGAAGAAGACGACCAGCCAGUUGAGGUCGUAACAACAACAAAGAAAAUCAAACGAACAAGACCAAAACGGCCGGAAGACGACAUUGACCAGAUACUGCCUUCGAUUCCGCAUGUUCCCGAGACCACCGUAACAACAGAAGAAGGCGACGAUCAUGUUACUGUCGUAGAGACUACAACUGUCAAGGACAUCACCCCGAAACCCGACAACGAAGAAGAGAUAACAGUCGUCACAACCACCAAGAAAAUACACAAACCCGUUGAAGGGGAUACCACACCAAAGAAGAAACCAAAGAAAGACAAACCCAAACGACGAAGGCCUGAGGAAGCUCCCAUCGACAAAGCUAUAGCCGAAUUGCCGGGGGUGACAGAUAUUUCCGAGACAACAAAAACCGAGGUAGAAGAAGCUGAUGAUGAGGUGAUAGAGCUAGUAACUACAACAAAACGUAUCCAGAGGGAGAAACCUGAAGACAUCGAGGGGACUCCAGAGGAAGUGCUUCCUGAGGUGCCCAUCGAAGCUGAACCUACCGUUACUGUUGUUGAGUCGGGCGACUUUGUUGAGGUAACAGAGGUCACAACCACAAAGGAAGUGCAGCCUGGGCCAGACAACAAGGAGGAGAUUAUUGUAAAAACAAAGACAAAGAAAACAAAGAGACCCAAAGAUAAACCAACCGAAGGUCCAAAGCAAGACACAAGAAAGACACCUUUGGAUAUGGAGAUUGAGGACAUUCCUGGUGUCAAGGAGGUCUCUGAGUCAACGGUUACUGAAGUAACUGAAGAAGACGACCAGCCAGUUGAGGUCGUCACAACAACAAAGAAAAUCAAACGAACAAGACCAAAACGGCCGGAGGACGAGACUGACCAGAUAUUGCCUUCGAUUCCGCAUGUUCCCGAGACCACAGUAUCUACAGAGGAAGGCGACGAUCAUGUUACUGUCGUAGAGACUACAAUUGUCAAGGACAUCACCCCGAAACCCGACAACGAAGAAGAAAUAACAGUCGUCACAACCACCAAGAAAAUACACAAACCCAUUGAAGGGGAUACCAUACCAAAGAAGAAACCAAAGAAAGACAAACCUAAACGGCGAAGGCCUGAGGAAGCUCCAAUCGACAAAGCUAUAUCCGAAUUGCCGGGGUUGACAGGUAUUUCCGAGACGACAAAAACCGAGGUAGAGGAAGCUGAUAAUGAGGUGACAGAAUUAGUUACUACGACAAAACGUAUCCAUAGGGAGAAACCUGACGACAUCGAAGAGACUCCAGAGGAAGUGCUUCCUGAGGUGCCCAUCGAAGCUGAACCUACCGUUACUGUUGUUGAGUCGGGAGACUUUGUUGAGGUAACAGAGGUCACAACCACAAAGGAAGUGCAGCCUGGGCCAGACAACAAGGAGGAGAUUAUUGUAAAAACAAAGACAAAGAAAACAAAGAGACCCAAAGAUAAACCAACCGAAGGUCCAAAGCAAGAGACAACAACAAAGACACCUUUGGAUAUGGAGAUUGACAACAUUCCUGGUGUCAAGGAGGUCUCUGAGUCAACGGUUACUGAAGUAACUGAAGAAGACGACCAGCCAGUUGAGGUCAUCACAACGACAAAGAAAAUCAAACGAACAAAACCAAAACGGCCGGAGGACGACAUUGACCAGAUACUGCCUUCGAUUCCGCAUGUUCCCGAGACCACAGUAACUACAGAGGAAGGCGAUGAUCAUGCUACUGUCGUAGAGACUACAACUGUCAAGGACAUCACCCCGAAACCCGACAACGAAGAAGAGAUAACAGUCGUCACAACUACAAAGAAAACUCGAAAGCCUAUAGAGAACUUGCCUGAAGAAGCACAAAGCCCAGUUCAAGAAACCACCGCUGAUACAAGCAUCCCCAAACAACGCAGAAGUGACGUGCCUGAGGGUUCACUUCCACGCCCGGACGCGGCGCGGCCCGACCGCCGGGGGUCGCCUUCCGUCGCCGACAGCGAUGCGACAAUGCCUUCUGACGCCGAGGCACCGGAUCAGCUGGAACUUACACGACUGUUGGAUAAAGAUAUACCAGGUGUCACCGAAGUCAGUGAGCAAAUCAAUGCCGAUGUUGAAAGGAAUGACGAUGAGAAAGUCGAGACCGUCACGACUACAAAGAUAAUCAAACGAAAAAAGCCUAAAGACGGCACAGAAACUACGGAAGAAAUCCUUCCAGAAAUUCCGGAGAAAGCCGAGCCCACUACGACUCUUGAGGAGACACCUGACCACGUCGAGGUAACUGAAGUAACAACGGCAAAAGAUAUUCAGGAAGGUCCUGAUGACCACCUCAUCACAGUUGUCACCAAGACAAAGAAAACUCGCAAACCAAAGGAAAAAACGCUAAAGAAAGCGCCAAAGAAGAACCAGCCAACUGGAACUACACUGGAUGAACAGAUUGAGGAAAUCCCAGGUGUCACCGAAGUAGCUGAGCAAACCACUACUGAAGUUGAAACCAUUGAUGAUGAACAAGUUGAAACAAUCACGACUACAAAGAAAAUCAAACGAAAGAAGCCUAAAGACGGUACAGAAACUAUGGAAGAAAUCCUUCCAGAAAUUCCGCAGAAAGCCGAACCCACUACGACUGUUGAGGAGACGCCUGAGUUCGUCGAGGUAACUGAGGUUACAACUACAAAGGACAUCCAGGAAGGUCCUGAUGACCAGCUCAUCACAGUGGUCACCAAGACAAAGAAAACUCGCAAACCGAAGGAAAAAGCGCCGAAGGAGAAGCCAAAGAAGAAACGACCAUGCAAAACACGACUGGAUGAACAGAUUGAGGAAAUCCCAGGCGUCACCGAAAUAAGUGAACAUACCUCUACUGAUGUUGAACGGAAUGAUGACGAGGAAGUUGAGACCGUCACGACUACAAAGAACAUCAAACGGAAGAAGCCUACAGACAGCACCGAAACUACGAAAGAAAUCCUUCCAGAAAUUCCGGAGAAAGCCGAACCCACUACGACUGUUGAGGAGACUCCUGACCUCGUAGAGGUAACUGAAGUCACAACGACAAAGGACAUCCAGGAAGGUCCUGAAGACCAGCUCAUCACAGUCGUCACCAAGACAAAGAAAACUCGCAAACCAAAAGAAAAGGCGCCAAAGGAGAAGCCAACGCGGAAACGAACAACUAAAACUACGCUGGAUGAACAGAUUGAGAAAAUCCCAGGCGUCACCGAGGUUGGUGAGCAAACUACUACUGAAAUUGAAACCAUUGAUGACGAAGAAGUUGAGACAAUGACGACUACAAAGAAAAUCAAAAUAAAGAAGCCUAAAGACGGCACCGAAAACACGGCAGAAGUCCUUCCAGAAAUUCCAAAGAAAGCCGAACCAACUACAACUGUUGAGGAGACGCCUGAGGACGUCGAGGUAACUGAGGUUACAACGACAAAGGACAUCCAGGAAGGUCCUGAUGACCAGCUCAUCACAGUUGUCACAAAGACAAAGAAAACUCGCAAACCGAAGGAAAGGGCGCCGAAGGAGAAGCCAAAGAAAAAACGGCCAUCCAAAACUCGACUGGAUCAACAGAUUGAGGAAAUCCCGGGAGUCACCGAAAUAAGUAAACAUACCUCUACUGAUGUUGAACGGAAUGAUGAUGAGGAAGUUGAGACCGUCACGACUACAAAGAAAAUCAAACGGAAGAAGCCUAAAGACGGCACCGAAAUUACGGAAGAAAUCCUUCCAGAAAUUCCAGAGAAAGCCGAGCCCAUUACGACAGUUGAGGAGACGCCUGAGAACGUCGAGGUAACUGAACUUACAACGACAAAGGAAAUCCAGGAAGGUCCUGAUGACCAGCUCAUCACAGUUGUCACCAAGACAAAGAAAACUCGCAAACCGAAGGAAAAGAAGCCGAAGGAGAAGCCAAAGAAAAAACGGCCAUCCAAAACUCGACUGGAUGAACAGAUUGAGAAAAUCCCAGGCGUCACCGAGGUUGGUGAGCAAACUACUACUGAAAUUGAAACCAUUGAUGACGAAGAAGUUGAGACAAUGACGACUACAAAGAAAAUCAAAACAAAGAAGCCUAAAGACGGCACCGAAACCACGGAAGAAAUCCUUCCAGAAAUUCCAGAGAAAGCCGAACCCACUACAACUGUUGAGGAGACGCCUGAGGACGUCGAGGUAACUGAGGUUACAACGACAAAGGACAUCCAGGAAGGUCCUGAUGACCAGCUCAUCACAGUUGUCACCAAGAUAAAGAAAACUCGCAAACCAAAUGAAAGGGCGCCGAAGGAGAAGCCAAAGAAAAAACGGCCAACCAAAACUCGACUGGAUCAACAAAUUGAGGAAAUCCCGGGAGUCACCGAAAUAAGUGAACAUACCUCUACUGAUGUUGAACGGAAUGAUGAUGAGGAAGUUGAGACCGUCACGACUACAACGAAAAUCAAACGGAAGAAGCCUACAGACGGCACCGAAACUACGGAAGAAAUCCUUCCAGAAAAUCCGCAGAAAGCCGAGCCAACUACAACUGUUGAGGAGACGCCUGAGCACGUCGAGGUAACUGAGGUUACAACGACAAAGGAUAUCCAGGAAGGUCCUGAAGACCAGCUCAUCACAGUCGUCACCAAGACAAAGAAAACUCGCAAACCGAAGGAAAAGGCACCGAAGGAGAAGCCAAAGAAGAAACAGCCAUCCAAAACUCGACUGGAUCAACAGAUUAAAGAAAUCCCGGGAGUCACCGAAAUAAGUGAACAUACCUCUACUGAUGUGGAAGGGAAUGAUGAUGAGGAAGUUGAGACCGUCACGACUACAAAGAAAAUCAAACGGAAGAAGCCUCAAGACGGCACCGAAAUUACGGAAGAAAUCCUUCCAGAAAUUCCAGAGAAAGCCGAGCCCAUUACGACAGUUGAGGAGACCCCUGAAGACGUCGAGGUAACUGAAGUAACAACGACAAAGGAUAUCCAGGAAAGUCCUGAUGACCAGCUCAUUACAGUGAUCACCAAGACAAAGAAAACUCGCAAACCGAAGGAAAAAGCACCGAAGGAGAAGCCAAAGAAGAAACAACCAUCCAAAGCUCGACUGGAUCAACAGAUUGAGGAAAUUCCAGGUGUCACCGAAGUAGCUGAGCAAACCACUACUGAAGUUGAAACCAUUGAUGAUGAACAAAUUGAAACAAUCACGACUACAAAGAAAAUCAAACGAAAGAAGCCUAAAAACGAUACAGAAACUAUGGAAGAAAUCCUUCCAGAAAUUCCGCAGAAAGCCGAACCCACUACGACUGUUGAGGAGACGCCUGAGUUCGUCGAGGUAACUGAGGUUACAACGACAAAGGACAUCCAGGAAGGUCCUGAUGACCAGCUCAUCACAGUGGUCACCAAGACAAAGAAAACUCGCAAACCGAAGGAAAAAGUGCCGAAGGAGAAGCCAAAGAAGAAACGGCCAUGCAAAACACGACUGGAUGAACAGAUUGAGGAAAUCCCGGGAGUCACCGAAAUAAGUGAACAUACCUCUACUGAUGUUGAACGGAAUGAUGACGAGGAAGUUGAGACCGUCACGACUACAAAGAAAAUUAAACGGAAGAAGCCUACCGACAGCACCGAAACUACGGAAGAAUUACUUCCAGAAAUUCCGGAGAAAGCCAAGCCUACUACGACAUCGGAGGAGACGCCUGAGCACGUCGAGGUAACUGAGGUUACAACGACAAAGGACAUCCAGGAAGGUCCUGAUGACCAGCUCAUCACAGUUGUCACCAAGACAAAGAAAACUCGCAAACCGAAGGAAAGGGCGCCGAAGGAGAAGCCAAAGAAAAAACGGCCAUCCAAAACUCGACUGGAUCAACAGAUUGAGGAAAUCCCGGAAGUCACCGAAAUAAGUGAACAUACCUCUACUGAUGUUGAACGGAAUGAUGAUGAGGAAGUUGAGACCGUCACGUCUACAAAGAAAAUCAAACGGAAGAAGCCCACCGACGGCACCGAAACUACGGAAGAAAUACUUCCAGAAAUUCCGGAGAAAGCCGAGCCCAUUACGAAAGUUGAGGAGACGCCUGAGCACAUCGAGGUAUCUGAAGUCACAACGACAAAGGACAUCCAGGAAGGUCCUGAUGACCAGCUCAUCACAGUUGUCACCAAGACAAAGAAAACUCGCAAACCGAAGGAAAAGGCGCCAAAGGAGAAGCCAAAGCGUAAACGGCCAACUGGAACUACACUGGAUGAACAGAUUGAGAAAAUCCCAGGCGUCACCGAGGUUGGUGAGCAAACUACUACUGAAAUUGAAACCAUUGAUGACGAAGAAGUUGAGACAAUGACGACUACAAAGAAAAUCAAAACAAAGAAGCCUAAAGACGGCACCGAAACCACGGAAGAAAUCCUUCCAGAAAUUCCAGAGAAAGCCGAACCCACUACAACUGUUGAGGAGACGCCUGAGGACGUCGAGGUAACUGAGGUUACAACGACAAAGGACAUCCAGGAAGGUCCUGAUGACCAGCUCAUCACAGUUGUCACCAAGACAAAGAAAACUCGCAAACCAAAUGAAAGGGCGCCGAAGGAGAAGCCAAAGAAAAAACGGCCAACCAAAACUCGACUGGAUCAACAAAUUGAGGAAAUCCCGGGAGUCACCGAAAUAAGUGAACAUACCUCUACUGAUGUUGAACGGAAUGAUGAUGAGGAAGUUGAGACCGUCACGACUACAACGAAAAUCAAACGGAAGAAGCCUACAGACGGCACCGAAACUACGGAAGAAAUCCUUCCAGAAAUUCCGCAGAAAGCCGAGCCAACUACAACUGUUGAGGAGACGCCUGAGCACGUCGAGGUAACUGAGGUUACAACGACAAAGGAUAUCCAGGAAGGUCCUGAAGACCAGCUCAUCACAGUCGUCACCAAGACAAAGAAAACUCGCAAACCGAAGGAAAGGGCACCGAAGGAGAAGCCAAAGAAGAAACAGCCAUCCAAAACUCGACUGGAUCAACAGAUUAAAGAAAUCCCGGGAGUCACCGAAAUAAGUGAACAUACCUCUACUGAUGUGGAAGGGAAUGAUGAUGAGGAAGUUGAGACCGUCACGACUACAAAGAAAAUCAAACGGAAGAAGCCUCAAGACGGCACCGAAAUUACGGAAGAAAUCCUUCCAGAAAUUCCAGAGAAAGCCGAGCCCAUUACGACAGUUGAGGAGACCCCUGAAGACGUCGAGGUAACUGAAGUAACAACGACAAAGGAUAUCCAGGAAAGUCCUGAUGACCAGCUCAUUACAGUGAUCACCAAGACAAAGAAAACUCGCAAACCGAAGGAAAAAGCACCGAAGGAGAAGCCAAAGAAGAAACAACCAUCCAAAGCUCGACUGGAUCAACAGAUUGAGGAAAUUCCAGGUGUCACCGAAGUAGCUGAGCAAACCACUACUGAAGUUGAAACCAUUGAUGAUGAACAAAUUGAAACAAUCACGACUACAAAGAAAAUCAAACGAAAGAAGCCUAAAGACGAUACAGAAACUAUGGAAGAAAUCCUUCCAGAAAUUCCGCAGAAAGCCGAACCCACUACGACUGUUGAGGAGACGCCUGAGUUCGUCGAGGUAACUGAGGUUACAACGACAAAGGACAUCCAGGAAGGUCCUGAUGACCAGCUCAUCACAGUGGUCACCAAGACAAAGAAAACUCGCAAACCGAAGGAAAAAGUGCCGAAGGAGAAGCCAAAGAAGAAACGGCCAUGCAAAACACGACUGGAUGAACAGAUUGAGGAAAUCCCGGGAGUCACCGAAAUAAGUGAACAUACCUCUACUGAUGUUGAACGGAAUGAUGACGAGGAAGUUGAGACCGUCACGACUACAAAGAAAAUUAAACGGAAGAAGCCUACCGACAGCACCGAAACUACGGAAGAAUUACUUCCAGAAAUUCCGGAGAAAGCCAAGCCUACUACGACAUCGGAGGAGACGCCUGAGCACGUCGAGGUAACUGAGGUUACAACGACAAAGGACAUCCAGGAAGGUCCUGAUGACCAGCUCAUCACAGUUGUCACCAAGACAAAGAAAACUCGCAAACCGAAGGAAAGGGCGCCGAAGGAGAAGCCAAAGAAAAAACGGCCAUCCAAAACUCGACUGGAUCAACAGAUUGAGGAAAUCCCGGCAGUCACCGAAAUAAGUGAACAUACCUCUACUGAUGUUGAACGGAAUGAUGAUGAGGAAGUUGAGACCGUCACGUCUACAAAGAAAAUCAAACGGAAGAAGCCCACCGACGGCACCGAAACUACGGAAGAAAUACUUCCAGAAAUUCCGGAGAAAGCCGAGCCCAUUACGAAAGUUGAGGAGACGCCUGAGCACAUCGAGGUAUCUGAAGUCACAACGACAAAGGACAUCCAGGAAGGUCCUGAAGACCAGCUCAUCACAGUUGUCACCAAGACAAAGAAAACUCGCAAACCGAAGGAAAAGGCGCCAAAGGAGAAGCCAAAGCGUAAACGGCCAACUGGAACUACACUGGAUGAAAAGAUUGAGGAAAUCCCAGGUGUCACCGAAGUAGCUGAGCAAACCACUACUGAAGUUGAAACCAUUGAUGAUGAACAAGUUGAAACAAUCACGACUACAAAGAAAAUCAAACGAAAGAAGCCUAAGGACGGAACCGAAACUUCGGAAGAAAUCCUUCCAGAAAUUCCAGAGAAAGCCGUGCCCACUACGAAUGUUGAGGAGACGCCUGAGCACGUCGAGGUAACUGAAGUCACAACGACAAAGGACAUCCAGGAAGGUCCUGAUGACCAACUCAUCACAGUUGUCACCAAGACAAAGAAAACUCGCAAACCGAAGGAAAAGGCGCCAAAGGAGAAGCCAAAGCGGAAACGGCCAACUAAAACUACGCUGGAUGAACAGAUUGAGAAAAUCCCAGGCGUCACCGAGGUUGGUGAGCAGACUACUACUGAAAUUGAAACCAUUGAUGACGAAGAAGUUGAGACAAUGACGACUACAAAGAAAAUCAAAAUAAAGAAACCUACAGACGGCACCGAAACUACGGAAGAAAUCCUUCCAGAAAUUCCGCAGAAAGCCGAACCCACUACGACUGUUGAGGAGACGCCUGACCUCGUCGAGGUAACUGAAGUAACAACGACAAAGGAUAUCCAGGAAGGUCCUGAUGACCAGCUCAUCACAGUUGUCACCAAGACAAAGAAAACUCGCAAACCGAAGGAAAAAGCACCGAAGGAGAAGCCAAAGAAGAAACGGCCAUCCAAAACUCGACUGGAUCAACAGAUUGAGGAAAUCCCGGGAGUCACCGAAAUAAGUGAACAUACCUCUACUGAUGUGGAACAGAAUGAUGAUGAGGAAGUUGAGACCGUCACGACUACAAAGAAAAUCAAACGAAAGAAGCCUAAAGACGGCACCGAAAUUACGGAAGAAAUCCUUCCAGAAAUUCCAGAGAAAGCCGAGCCCAUUACGACAGUUGAGGAGACGCCUGAGGACGUCGAGGUAACUGAAGUCACAACGACAAAGGACAUCCAGGAAGGUCCUGAUGACCAGCUCAUCACAGUUGUCACCAAGACAAAGAAAACUCGCACACUGAAGGAAAAGACGCCUAAGAAAAAACCAAAAAAGAAACGACCAACAACAACUACACUGGAUGAACAUAUUGAGAAAAUCCCAGGCGUCACCGAAGUUGGUGAGCAAACCACUACUGAAGUUGAAACCAUUGAUGACGAACAAGUUGAAACAAUCACGACUACAAAGAAAAUCAAACGAAAGAAGCCUAAGUACGGAACCGAAAUUUCGGAAGAAAUCCUUCCAGAAAUUCCAGAGAAAGCCGAGCCCACUACGAAUGUUGAGGAGACGCCUGAGCACGUCGAGGUAACUGAAGUCACAACGACAAAGGACAUCCAGGAAGGUCCUGAUGACCAGCUCAUCACAGUUGUCACCAAGACAAAGAGAACUCGCAAACCGAAGGAAAAGACGCCAAAGGAGAAGCCAAAGCGGAAACGGCCAACUAAAACUACGCUGGAUGAACAGAUUGAGAAAAUCCCAGGCGUCACCGAGGUUGGUGAGCAAACUACUACUGGAAUUGAAACCACUGAUGACGAAGAAGUUGAGACAAUGACCACUACAAAGAAAAUCAAAAUAAAGAAGCCUAAAGACGGCACCAAAACCACGGAAGAAAUCCUUCCAGAAAUUCCAGAGAAAGCCGAGCCCAUUACGACAGUUGAGGAGACGCCUGAGGACGUCGAGGUAACUGAAGUCACAACGACAAAGGACAUCCAGGAAGGUCCUGACGACCAGCUCAUCACAGUUGUCACCAAGACAAAGAAAACUCGCAAACCGAAGGAAAAGAAGCCGAAGGAGAAGCCAAAGAAGAAACGGCCAUGCAAAACACAACUGGAUGAACAGAUUGAGGAAAUCCCGGGAGUCACCGAAACAAGUGAACAUACCUCUACUGAGGUUGAACGGAAUGAUGAUGAGGAAGUUGAGACCGUCACGUCUACAAAGAAAAUCAAACGGAAGAAGCCCACCGACGGCACCGAAACUACGGAAGAAAUCCUUCCAGAAAUUCCGAAGAAAGCCGAGCCCAUUACGACAGUUGAGGAGACGCCUGAGCACAUCGAGGUAUCUGAAGUCACAACGACAAAGGACAUCCAGGAAGGUCCUGAAGACCAGCUCAUCACAGUCGUCACCAAGACAAAGAAAACUCGCAAACCAAAAGAAAAAGCGCCAAAAGAGAAGCCGAAGCGGAAACGGCCAACUAAAACUACGCUGGAUGAACAGAUUGAGAAAAUCCCAGGCGUCACCGAGGUUGGUGAGCAAACUACUACUGAAAUUGAAACCAUUGAUGACGAAGAAGUUGAGACAAUGACGACUACAAAGAAAAUCAAAGUAAAGAAGCCUAAAGACGGCACCGAAACCACGGAAGAAAUCCUUCCAGAAAUACCGGAGAAAGCCGAGCCCACUACAACUGUUGAGGAGACGCCUGAGCACGUCGAGGUAACAGAGGUUACAACGACAAAAGACAUCCAAGAAGGUCUUGAUGACCAGCUCAUCACUGUCGUCACCAAGACAAAGAAAACUCGCAAACCGAAGGAAAAGGCGCCAAAGAAGAUGCCAAAGGAGAAACGGCCAACUGGAACUACACUGGAUGAACAGAUUGAGGAAAUCCCAGGUGUCACCGAAGUAGCUGAGCAAACCACUACUGAAGGUGAAACCAUUGAUGACGAACAAGUUGAAACAAUCACGACUACAAAGAAAAUCAAACGAAAGAAGCCUAAGGACGGAACCGAAACUUCGGAAGAAAUCCUUCCAGAAAUUCCAGGGAAAGCCGAGCCCACUACGAAUGUUGAGGAGACGCCUGAGCACGUCGAGGUAACUGAAGUCACAACGACAAAGGACAUCCAGGAAGGUCCUGAUGAUCAACUCAUCACAGUUGUCACCAAGACAAAGAAAACUCGCAAACCGAAGGAAAAGGCGCCAAAGGAGAAGCCAAAGCGGAAACGGCCAACUAAAACUACGCUGGACGAACAGAUUGAGAAAAUCCCAGGCGUCACCGAGGUUGGUGAGCAAACUACUACUGAAAUUGAAACCAUUGAUGACGAAGAAGUUGAGACAAUGACGACUACAAAGAAAAUCAAAAUAAAGAAGCCUUCAGAAGGCACCGAAACUACGGACGAAAUCCUUCCAGAAAUUCCGCAGAAAGCCGAACCCACUACGACUGUUGAGGAGACGCCUGACCUCGUCGAGGUAACUGAAGUUACAACGACAAAAGAUAUCCAGGAAGGUCCUGAUGACCAGCUCAUCACAGUUGUCACCAAGACAAAGAAAACUCGCAAACCGAAGGAAAAAGCGCCGAAGGAGAAGCCAAAGAAGAAACGGCCAUGCAAAACACGACUGGAUCAACAGAUUGAGGAAAUCCCGGGAGUCACCGAAAUAAGUGAACAUACCUCUACUGAUGUUGAACGGAAUGAUGAUGAGGAAAUCGAGACUGUCACGACUACAAAGAAAAUCAGACGGAAGAAGCCUAAAGACGGUACAGAAACUAUGGAAGAAAUCCUUCCAGAAAUUCCGGAGAAAGCCGAGCCAACUACGACAUCAGAGGAGAUGCCUGACCUCGUCGAGGUAACUGAAGUCACAACGACAAAGGACAUCCAGGAAGGCCCUGAUGAAGAGCUCAUCACAGUCAUCACCAAGACAAAGAAAACUCGUAGAUCAAAACACAUCACAAACGACGACAGACCUGGGCCGCCUUCGCCUGAUGGCACUCCUGACGUCUCUCCACAUAACCAGGAGCACGUUCCGGAGGACGCCAAGCCGCAGCAGAAGGAGAGGCCCAAGAAGCCAGACGGAGCACCCGAAUGGAAGGGCUUCAAGUUGAAGAAGGUCGUCAAGCCGGAGGAUGAGGACGAGGACGUGUUAACGAGCAUGACACUCAGCCGCCCCGAUCGGAUUCCAAGAACAGAGUUGGAAUUCAAGGAAGUACCGAAAAAGCCAUCCGAUGAUGUUCAGCCGGCAGAUGGUAUCAUCUCGGAAGAGGAUACGAGACCAGAGGACAAGAUUCCCGGCGAAACUGAGGAAGACAAGAGCAGUGCAAAGAAACCAAAAAAGCGAAGGCCUAAGAAAAGCCCAGAAGCUGUCGAAGAGGUUCCUGUAACAACACCCGAAGCAAGAGAAGGAGAGCAAGUUCCAGAAAAGCAAGAUGACCGUCAGCCAGAGGACAAGGACAAAAAGCCGAAGAAGCCCAAGCGCGGACAACCAUUGGAUUCAGAAACUCCUGAGUGGAUCGACUUCUCAUUAAAACCGGUGAAACAGGUUCCCAAGGAGAUAGACGAGGAAAAGCUGGAAACUGUGGAGCUGAAACCACUAAGUGAUACAGAGGAGGACACCACUGACAAAGGCCGCAUUGAUAAGAAACCAGAACAGCCUGGAGAAGCGGACACGAUUCUCAAGAAAAUCCCCGGUGAUGAUAAAGAGAAACCCGAUAAAAAGCCAAAGAAGAAAAAGAUCAAGAAGAGAAAAACACCGGACGACAUGGCCAAACUGGAUGAGGAGGAAUUGUCGUCAGGGGACGAUGAGGAGGUGCCGCAGCCAGCCGAGGUGACGGAAGUCCAGCCGGAGGAGCCGCUGCAGCCCAAGGACCACCUUCCAGAGUGGCAGCGUGUGAAGCUGAAGAAGGUGGAGGUGGAGCAGGAGGAGGACGCCAUCACCUCCCUCAUUAUGACGCGACCCGAUCGCAUCCCCACCACCGAACUGCCCGACUUCAGCAAGAAGCCGCCGAAACCCGACAUCGAGCAGACGGCGCCGGCGCCAACCGAGGAACAAACUCUUGACGAGACUCCAAAGAAAAAGACCAAGAAGCCGAAGAAGCAGAAAAAGCGACCAACGGAGGGUGAACAACCAGAGGCGCCCACUGAGGCCGUCACUACCGAAGAACCCGCUCAAGACGAGGCACCUUCAGAUGAGGUUCCCGAAGAGAAGCCGACGCCUAUGAAACAGCUACCAGACCAGACAACUUCAGACGAGGCUACACCGGAACAGCCGAAAAAGCCUAAAAAGAAGAAGCGACUCAUAGCAGAGGAGGGACAGCCAGAAUGGGUCAAUUUCGCGCUCAAGCCAGUCCAAGCAGAGCCCAGACCAGUGGAAGCACAAGAAAUGGAGACCGUGGAUCUCAAACCGAUUCCUGACGUGGACGAAGAAAGUCCCAUUGAGGCAAAGCAAAAACCAGAAACACUUCAAUGGGAUUCUCUAGAGUUGAAACCGAUUGAGAGCAUGGAUAGGCCUGUACUGGAGAAACCCACAGGCAUUGAUGCAAAACCCCUAAAAAAGAAAAAGAAACGCCCAAAGAAACCGGAAGGACCAGAAGAGGAAGAGACAAGUGACACAGAAAAAUUGCCAGGAGACGAGCAGAAGCCAAGUGAUGUCAGUGCCACGCCUGAGGAAUCGGAUGACUCUAAGAAGCGUAAGCCGAAACGAAUGCCUCCUGCGGACGAGGAAACUCCGGAGUGGCAGAGAGUGCAACUGAAACCCGCCAAACCCACCCAGAAAGGAACCGAGGAUGACAGGGAGACGGUGACGCUCAAGCCGGUGGAGAAAAUCGAUGAAACAACGGUAGUUGAUACUACAUUAACAGAGGACACGACCAUAACAACAAUCGAAGAGGAUAUCACUGAGGAAAAGAAACGAAAGGAUAAGAAAAAGAAACCAAAGCAACCAAAGCGUGAGAAGCCAGAGACUGAGGAAGUUGUCGUUGAAGUUCAAGAGUCCAGUGAAGUGAUUUCAGAUCAAGAGGAAACAGAGGAGACCAUUGUCAUGACAACAAAAACAAAGAAAAAGCCAAAAGACAAACCAUUUGAAGAGGAAGUGCAAGAAGUUGACAUAAAUAUACCGGAUGAUAAGGACAUUGAAAAGGCAGACACAACGGAAGAAUGGAGACGGAAGAAAGACAAGAAACCCAAAAGACCCAAAAAAGAAAAGCCAACGACAACAGAAGUGACUGAAACCACUGAGUUUGUUGAAAUAUCAUCCGAUCAAGAAGAGACAAUUGAAGAGACAACAAUGAACAUGAAGACGAAGACAAAAGAGAAGCCCAAAGAGGGGCCUUUUGUAGAGGAACAAGCAGAUACAAGUGAGAUCGUAAAGGAAGAGCUUUCAAAGCGCGUGGAAAAAAUUGAUAAGACUCCGGCCACCGAACAAAAACCAGAUGAAAAACCAUUCGAAGAAGAAGUCCAGGAAGUUGACGUUGAGGUAGAAAAGAAGGACGAACUUCAAGAGGACGAAGUAGAGGAAUGGAAAAGAAGAAAGGACAAAAAUAAACCUAAAGGCCCGAAAACAAAGAAAGACAAACCUGAAAAAGAGAUAACGACAGAAAAAAAGACAGAUGUAAAAGAGAUUGUGACCAAAGCAAGCUCUGAAGAAGACGAAGAAGAAGUAAUCACAACUACAGUUACAACGCAAAAGAAAAAGUUGCCAAAAGACAAACCAUUCGAGGAAGAACUGAAGGAAGUCGACAUUCAGCAACCCGAAGAGGAGAAACUUGAACCAAAGGAAACACCAGAAGAGUGGAGACGUAAAAAGGACAAGAAAAAACGAAAACCAAAGAAGCCUGAAGCUGAAGAAACUGCUGCUGAUGUUGCAGAAGAGUUGGCACCGACUAGACCGGAGCAGAAAGUUCCGGUAUCAGAAGAGGAUGUCACAUCAGAAGACAUCACAGAGAAACCCACCGUCUUGCGCCAACCGGAGGAAAUCGACCUCAAAGAAACCACAGAGCAAAUGACCGUGCAGUCAUUCGAUGAAACCACCGUUACUGAGGAAACAACAACACAAGAAACAGUGGUUCUGGUUGAGGAAGAUGAGGUUGCAGAGCAAGAAGACAUAAUUGCUGACACUACGAUCACUAAAAAGAAGAUGCCAGAGAAACCAGAUAUUCCUGAAGGGACAGACGAAAAGAGUGACUCUCCUGAGAAGCCAUUUGAAGAAGAGGUGCAGGAAACAAAUGUUAGCGUUCCCGAAGAGCAGCCAUUAACCGAAGAACAGCCAGAAGUCUGGCAAAGAGGAAAACCCAAAAAGAAAAAGCCAAAACGUCCUGAAAUACCGAAAGAAGCUCCAGAAGAAAGGCCGGAUCAGAAACCAGAAGAGAAACAAGAGGACAAGCCCGAGGUUACCGACAAGAAGCCCUUCGAGGAAGAGGUCCAAGAGACCGACAUUGGAAUCGAAGAUGAUGAAAAAAUCGCUGAUGAACAGCCUGAGGUAUGGCAAAGAGGCAAACCGAAAAAGAAGCCUAAGCGUCCUGCUGCUCCAAAAGAGGUUACUGAUAAGUCAGAGGAAACGACAGAAUUUGUUGAAAAAUCGGAGGUAGAAGAAACACGUGAAGGAGCGGUAGAAGAGCAGCUCAAGGUGGACGUUAUUGACAAGAUUACACAAGAGGAAAGCGAGACUGAAGAAACUGAAGUUGUGACUGAAGUAAAACAAAUUGAAAAGAAAAAGCAAGAGCGUGAACUGCCUAAACCUUCAGAGGAAACAAAACCACAAGAAGAGAUCGAGGGACCGGACGCCCCAGAUCAAAAAGCACUUCAAGAUGAAGUCAAAGAAGCAGACGUUGACAUAGCAGAUGACCAAAAAGUCCAUGAAGAACAACCAGAAAUAUGGCAAAGGGGUAAACCAAAAAAGAAGAAGCCGAAACGUCCUGAGGCUCCUGAGGUACGUGAAGAAAAGCCAGAGACCCCUGAAGAAGCUCCAGAGGCGAAACAUGAGGUGCCCGUACAAAAGGAGGAUAAGCCUGAAUCUCCGCAGGACAAACCACUGGAAGAGGAGGUCCAGGAAGUGGAUGUAGAUGUAAAAGAAGAAAAAGAGAUAAUUCAAGAAGAAGAGGUGUGGCAGAGAGGCAAACCGAAAAAGAAGAAGCCGAAGCGUCCUGAGGCUCCUAAAGCACCCGAAGAAAAGCCGGAAAAGCCUGAGGAAGUUCUUGAGACGACACCUGAGGCGCCUAUGCAAAAGGACGAUAAGCCUGAUUCUCCGCUAGACAAACCACUGGAAGAGGAGGUCCAGGAAGUAGAUGUAGAUGUUAAGGAAGAAGAGCAGAUUAUUAAAGAAGAAGAAGAAGAGGUGUGGCAGAGAGGCAAACCGAAAAAGAAAAAACCAAGGCGUCCUGAGGCUCCUAAGGCACCCGAAGAAAAGCCGGAAAAGCCUGAGGAAGAUCUCGAGGCGACACCUGAAAUGCCUGUACAAAAGGAGGAUAAGCCUGAAUCUCCGGUAGAUAAACCAGUAGAAGAGGAGGUUCAGGAAGUGGAGGUAGAUGUUAAAGAAGAAGAGCAGGUUAUUAAAGAAGAAGAAGAAGAGGUGUGGCAGAGAGGCAAACCGAAAAAGAAAAAGCCAAAGCGUCCUGAGGCUCCUAAGGCACCCGAAGAAAAGCCGGAAAAGCCUGAGGAAGAUCUCGAGGCGACACCUGAGAUGCCUGUACAAAAGGAGGAAAAGCCUGAAUCUCCAGCAGACAAACCAGUAGAAGAGGAGGUUCAGGAAAAGGAGGUAGAUGUUAAAGAAGAAGAGCAGGUUAUUAAAGAAGAAGAAGAGGUGUGGCAGAGAGGAAAACCGAAAAAGAAAAAGCCAAAGCGUCCGGAGGCUCCUAAGGCACUCGAAGAAAAGCCUAAAAAGUCUGAGGAAGAUCUCGAGACAUCUGAGAUGCCUGUACAAAAGGAGGAAAAGCCUGAAUCUCCGGUAGACAAACCAGUAGAAGAGGAGGUUCAGGAAGUGGAGAAAGAUGUUAAAGAAGAAGAGCAGGUUAUUAAAGAAGAAGAGGUGUGGCAGAGAGGUAAACCAAAAAAGAAGAAGCCGAAACGUCCUGAGGAACCACAGGUGCCCGAGGAAAAGCCAGAAUCACAGGUGCCCGAGGAAAAGCCAGAGACCCCUGAAGAAGCUCCGGAGACGAAAGAUGAGGUGCCCGUACGACAGGAGGAUCAACCUGAAUCUUCGCACGACAAACCACUGGAAGAGGAGGUUCAGGAAGUGGACGUUGAUGUUAGAGAAGAACAGGAAAUAAUUCAAGAAGAAGAGGUGUGGCAGAGAGGCAAACCAAAGAAGAAGAAGUCAAAGCAUCCUGAGGCUCCUAAGGCAUCCGAAGAAAAGCCAGGAAAACCUGAGGAAGUUCUGGAGACAACACCUGAAAUGCCCAUACAAAAGGAGGAUAAGCCUGAAUCUCCGCUAGACAAACCACUGGAAGAGGAGGUUAAGGAAGUGGAUGUAGAUGUUAGGGAAGAAGAGAUAAUUCAGGAAGAAGAAAUGUGGCAGAGAGGUAAACCGAAAAAGAAGAAGCCGAAGCGUCCUGAGGCUCCUAAGGCACCCGAAGAAAAACUGGAAAUGCCUGAUGAAAUUCUGGAGACGACACCCGCGGUGCCUAUACAAAAGGAGGAUAAGCCUGAAUCUCCGCAAGACAAACCACUGGAAGAGGAGGUUCAGGAAGUGGUUGUAGAUGCUAAAGAAGAAGAGGAGAUAAUUCAGGAAGAAGAAGUGUGGCAGAGAGGUAAACCGAAAAAGAAGAAGCCGAAGCGUCCUGAGGCUCCUAAGGCACCCGAAGAAAAACCGGAAAAGCCUGAUGAAAUUCUGGAGACGACACCUGAGGCGCCUUUACAAAAGGAGGAUAAGCCUGAAUCUCCGGUAGACAAACCACUGGAAGAGGAGGUUCAGGAAGUAGAUGUGGAUGUUAAAGAAGAGCAGAUUAUUGAAGAAGAAGAAGAGGUGUGGCAGAGAAGCAAGCCGAAAAAGAAGAAGCCGAAACGUUCUGAGGUACCUGAGGUACCCGAGAAAAAGCCUGAAGCCCCUGAAGAGGUUCCAGAGACAACACCUCGGGUGCCUGAAGAAAAGGAGGAGAAGCCUGAAUCUCCGCAAGACAAACCACUGGAAGAGGAGGUUCAGGAAGUAGAUAUGGAUGUUAAAGAAGAGGAGCAGAUUACUAAAGAACAAGGAGAGGUGUGGCAGAGAGGUAAGCCGAAAAAGAAGAAACCGAAACGACCUGAGGCUCCUAAGGCACCCGAGGAAGAGAUAGAAAGGCCCGAGGAAGUUCUUGAGACGAAACCUGAAGUCCUAAGUAAGCCACAGGAAGCACCAAAGGCUCCUGAAGAAAGGCCAUUAGAAGAGGAGAGUAAAGAGGAAGACACUACGGUUUCUGGAGAUCAACCAAUAGUUGAAGAACAGCCUGAAGUGUGGAAGAGAGAAAAGAAAAAGAAACCGAAGAAGCCGAAACAUACUGAACAAGCAGCACCGGAUGAAGUUCCCGCUGAAGACAUUCCACUGGAUGAAGACGUGAUUCCAGAGGCUCCCACUACUGAGAAGCCUGAAGAUGAAAAGCCAAAAGAAAUCAAGAAACCGGAAGAUGAUAAGCCUGAGUGGCAAGAGGCUAAAUUAAAACCAACCAAGAAGCCCAAGCAGUUACCAAAACAGCCCGAGGAACAGUUGGAGCAGGUUCAGCUAAAGCCAGUCAAGAAGCCCGAGGAACUAGAGAAGGUCGAGGUUGAGGAAGUCCAGGUGACUACCAUAAAGCAAAAGUUUAAGGAAAGGAAGCCAAAGCAGCCAGACCAAGAAGUCGAAGAACUGCCAAUAGAAAAAUUAGACGAGGAGACGGCGCGGCGCAAGAUCAGCACGCUGGAGGCGUUCACACAGGAGGAGAUCACCGUCGGCAUGAGCGUGGACGAGGUGCGCCAGUUCAUCGUGGAGCGCGAGACCGCCGAGCGCAAACUCUCCGAGGUGACGGCGCCCGUGGUGCAGGAGAUCACUCCCGAGCUGCUGGAGCAGGAGCUCAAAAAGGUUACCGCUGAAAAGGUUGUGGCAGAGACCAAGCUGGCAGUGAUGCAGUCCUACACUGUGAACGAGAUCACUCCACAGACCACGGUGGAUGAGCUGAAGGCCUUCGUCGACGAACGGCACGAGGCCGAGCAGGUGUGGACCACUGUCGAGACGCUGGAGAUUGUCGAGCCGGCGCAGCAGCACAUCGCCGAGGAGAUCAAACAGAUCAAACAGGACUGCGCCGUGGCCGAGGUGAAACUCGACCUCACCGAGGGCUUCCAGGUGCAGGAGCUGCGGCCCGAGCUCACCACCGACCAGCUGGAGACGUUCAUCACUGAACGGCGUGACGCGCAGCGGCGCAUCUCCACGGUGGAGUCGCUGGCCGUGCAGGAGGCUGCGCCCGAGGAGGUGGCCAAGGACCUGACGCAGCUGCUCACCGUGGAGGAGAAGUCGGCCAAGAUCAAGCUGGACCUGCUCAACACCUACUCGGUGCAGGAGGUCACCACCGACACCACGGCAGAGGAGACCAAGACGUUCAUCGAGGAGCGGCAUGAGGCUGAGCAGGUGCUGACUACGGCACUCCAGACGGUGGAAUCGACCGAGGUCAGUCCGGCCUUCGUCACGUCCGAGAUCGAGCACAUCCGCACGGAGAAGGUGCAGGCGCUCCAGCACCUGCAGGAGGUCCAGCCACAGGCCGUCCAAGAGAUGGAGACUCUCCUGCAGACCACAGUCGAACUCAAAAAGUUCAAGUAUGUGACGGAACUGGCAAAGGAAACAUCCGAGGCGACUACAGAGAAGGUCACUGCCACCAAAACCGAGACAACUGUGAAAGACAAGAAAAAGAAGCUGAAGCCGCGGACUGCUUCCGUAGAGCGUCUGCCAGAAUUCCCGAUCGAAGACGUCGAAGAAGUUAGCAUCAAAGACGAAAGGCCAGUUUCUCCAACACCUGCCAUCGACAAAUCGGACGCAGUCCAAGUGAGCCAGAUAAUACCCCAGGAAGAGACAGAGGGUGAGACCGAUAAGCUAAAGGUGGUCACUGGCGAAGGUAAGUCGGUGACAGAGCUGCGUCGAGAACAUGUUGUCACGGUGGAGACCGUCCAAAGCGAAGAGUCGGUGGAAAGUGUUCCCGACAAAAAGCCGAAAACGGAUGCGGCUCGUGUUUCACUCAAAGGACAAGAACCGAUUCAGGUGGAAGAAACUCUCCCAGAGGAGACAUCAAUCCCUCAAGACAAAGAAAAGCCGAUUAGAAGAGAAACUACAGAAACCAGCAUAGUGACAGUUCAAAGAAAAGCGCCCGAAGUGCAGGCAGUCAGCACAGAAGAAUUGACCAAAGAAAGUGAAUCAUUCCUUAAACCAGAGGAAAUUCCGAAACAGCAAAAGCCACAGACUUCGGUGACGUCACUUGAUGAGGUUCAGGUUACUGAAAAUCAACAAAUGCUCUCCGAAGAAAUCUUAGAAUCUCGUGAACAGCCGCGCAGCGAAGAAGCUGUCGUACAACUGAACCAGCAGCUGAGAGUGAUAACGAAGACAGAGACAGAUGCUUUUCAUUCAGAGUCAACCUUCACAGAUGAAAUUAAAUCUGAGCAAGCUACUGUUGAGUUUACAAAGAACCAAAGCAUUGUCGUUUCGGGUGCUGAAGAAUUCGCUUCUGAAGAUAUACUUCAGCAUGAGCGGCUACCGAAGACACAGUUGGCAUCUAUGGAUGUAGACUCAAUUCAGGCUGUAGAAAUUCAACAGACUGAAGUGGUGGAACAUCCAGCAACACUUCCAGACAAAGAGGCCCCAAAGCCUAAGAUCGCCAUCAUUGAGCUAGACAGUCAUUCCGUUCCAAUGAUGCAAGAAACUGUAAAUUUGCAGACAGAAGAAAUGUUGCCAGAAGACGCAAAGCCAAAGUCGCAAGCUGCAGAUGAGAAAAUGGAAAACUUCGAAACUGUCUUCACUACUUCUGAUGUAGUUAUGCAGAAAGAGGAUGCAUUCGAAGAGAAAGAUGUAAGUUGCAAUCAGGCCAAUAUGGAUAUUCAACCCCUCGAGCCGACUCAAAUGACUGAAACUGAGGUGCUCCAAUCAGAACAACCAAUGGAAGAAUACGAAAAGCCAACCAUUCGAGAUGCUAAAACUGACUUGACGCCCCACCUCAAGAUCGCCGUUGAGAGCAAUGAUAUUCCCAUGUCGAAAGAAGAAACUAUUCAAGAAGACAAGCCAAAUACAGAUACCGUUACGGUAUCAGUUUUGGAAUCAAAGAGCGUUUCUGUCCAGGAGACUGCAGUGAAUGAGACGGAAGACAGCCUCUUGGAGGACAGGAAACCAAAAGCAAUGGAAGCGUCACUGACCGUUGCUGAAAAUGAGCCUAUUACCGUUGAACUGGCAGACACAUAUUACGGAGAGUCCCAGAUGAACGACUUCAAACGACCACAGAUGUCUGAGGCGUCUCAGACCCUUAUAACGUCAGAGGGCAUUGGUGUUGAGGAGACCGGUGCAGUGGAGGCUGAGGAAGAAUUCGCCAAAUUUAGAAAACCGCGCUCCGAAAACGCAGCAGUUGACGUGACGCACUCAGAAACCGUGGAAAUUACAAUGGAUACUGCAGUGGAAGCUGAAGCAUCAGUAGAAAGUCAACCGAAAGCCACCGAAGAAAUAGCUGGAUCAUCAAUCACUGAGCAUGAGGGCAUAUCGGUAUCUCUAGAUGAAGCUUUGAUCAGAGACGAGCCAACAAGUGAUUUCAAAAAACCAAGAGAGGCGUCGGCGCAUAUUCAGUUCCUAACAAAGAAAGGCAUUGAUGUGUCGGAUAUUGGACCAAUGGACAGCGAAGAUACAAUGGAUGACUUCAAGACCAUUCCAUCAACGGAGGCCAUUGUCAGCGUUACAUCCAACGAGGAAGUUGUCAUUCAAUCUUCAGAGUCGUAUGUGAAAGAAGGAAAGGUCGAUGAGAAAAGCAUGCCUCAGUCUAGUGAAGCGUCUCUCACUGUGUUGCCCCAGAUAGCCAAAACAGUCACAGAAGAAGAGCAAUAUAUCAAAGAAGGAAAUGUUUCAGAAGACAAACCGAAAUCGCAAUCCGUUCGAGUAGAUUUUUCGCAGGCCGAGGGCAUUCAAGCGGUGGAAGAAGAAACACUAGACGUUGAAGAGGAAUUAGCAAAAAUGAAGAAACCAAGAGAUGAACAAGCCAACGUGGGGCUUACUGACCGAAAAGGUCUUCAGGUUGAAGAAAGCGUGGAUCUGUUCAGCGAGACGACGCUCGACGCCAAACCAUCACCAGCCACCGACGCUGCUAACAUAGAGAUGUGCUCCCAUACUAACAUAACCGUCUCUGAAAUGUCCGAGUCAUAUAAGGAGGCUCCCUUGGACGAGUUCCGCACCCCGCUGCAUGAGAAACCCACCGAGUCCAUUACCUCCAGGCAAACGAUCACUGUCACUCAAACAGAAACAGGCGAAACCCUCGAUAAGCAUGUCCCUGAAGCUUUGCCCGUCCCUCACUCUGCCACCCAGGACAUGUUUCCCCUCCAAGGUGUUUCAGUUACAAGCACCCGAACCGAUGAACUUCCAACCGAUCUCGGCGAGUUCACCAGCUCGAAGGCGGUGGCGGAGACGGACAUCGAGGCGCAGCACGGCUUCAGCGCCAGCGAGCAGCAGCGGUUGGAGUCGGAGGAUACGUUCGAGAGCGAGGCACUGCCCGGUAAACAUCAGGCCGAGGUAGGUAUUGGUCUUACUGAGGCCGGAGUGACUACAGUUGUGGAGCAUAACGAGGCAGAGGAUGAGUACACUCCAGGAAAAAUGCCCGGAGCUGUUCAGCUCAAGCCUCGAAUGAUCCCAAGCGAGGGUAUGCAAGUAGAAGAAGUGCAGCCUGGUGAUGGUACUGGUAAAUUUUUCCCGGAGCAGUUUGUUGCCACUGAGAAAGCUGCUGAAAGUGUAUUACCUUACAAGAGCAUUUCAGUGAAGGCGACUGAUAUAAAUGAGCUGGAAGAUGACUUACCUGAUUUCAAAAUCCCUUCAUCAUUCCGAACCUAUGGCGAUGUGGUGCCCGAGCAUCAUCUGGAAGUCGAAGAAAUUCUGUCAGAAGACAUGACAGGCAAAAUUUUACCUGAAAGCUUUGUUGCAACUGAAGUCGCUCAGAAAACGAUAAUUGAGCUCAAGGGCCUGAAGGUGUCUGAGACGACAGCUGAGGAGUUUCAAGAAAUAUUGCAGCAAGGAAGCAAACCAAGAGAAUUUAUGGGCUCUGAAUCCAUCCAGGAGACUGAAGCGAUGGAAAUUCAAGAAGUGACACUGACUGAAGAAUCUUCAGAGAAGACCAGUGAAGCUGUAGAUACUCAUCAUGGCGUGAUUAGGCUAGCUGAGCCGCAUAAGGCUGCAACUGUAGACAUUGUAUCCAGUGGUGAUGUUGAAAGUGAUAUGGCGGAUAGUGUGAGACCUGAUGUGCAUGAGGCUGCGACCUCAUAUACUGUUGUGCAGCCAAUCGAUGUUUAUGAGGUCAAACCAGGGGAUAUCGAGGAAUCCUUUGAGCGUGACAUCCUUCCAUCCACCCAAGCCCACACCAGGCUCAGCCCACAGAACACUCUUGAAAUUUCAGAGUUCCCCGCUGAGUCCUCUCCUGAGGAUUUCACUCCAGAGUCCCGGCGGGAGGCGAGCGCAAGGACGGGGGUCGUCGAGCAGCAGGCCGUCAUCACCGACGAGGCUAGACCUGAAGACGUCCAAGGAACAGUCGACGAACUCAAAGCUGCGCCAGCAACAGCCCGUACCGAGAUACUCGAGCAACAGUCACUUCUCAGUUCCGAGGUGUGCAUAGACGAGAGAGAGGAUACGGUGGCGCCGUUCAAGGCUGGAGAACAGGUUCCUGAGACGACCACGGAGCUCGUCAUGAGACACACGGCACUGCUCACAGAUGUUGGUACACGGGAGGAAACAGAAGAGUACUCGCCAGAACAGCCGACCACCGCAUCUCCAAGGGAACAGUUAAUUGGUCUCGAAGCACCAGUUCGAGAGCAAGUAGAGCUGGGAGAAGUUGAGAGUGAUUUCGAUCAGAAACAGCUUCCGGAGCAGAAACAGGCAACUGAACGACAAGAGCUGGCUCAGAGUAAAGUUGUAGAAUCGGAGGACAUCACCAGCUUCGAAGCUGAAGAACAGUUCAUCACAUCAAAGCCUUCGGAAGAAAAACAGCCUAAGAUGACCAUGGUCGAGCAGAUUGGAGUUCAGGGAAUUGAAGAAAUCGUUCAUGACAAAGAGGGGAAGGUUAGCGAUGAGGUAGCGCCUACAGGACAGAAAGCUGCUUUGGAUGUCGUCCCCCAGCAGAAUAUCAUUACAUCAGAAGUAAAAGCUACGGAACAAGGCACCGACUACAAGGAAACAGACGUUAAACCAGUUUCAGCUGAAUCCAGCAUUCUGGAAAUGGAGUCCAUGCAGGGUGAAGUGACACAGACCGUAGAAACGGAAACUGAUUUUGCUCCAGGAGAGCUCAAUCUGAAGAAACCGACAGUGCGUCUUAACAUCGUUGAAAAACGUUCCGCACAAACGGAAAAUAUUUUGGUCGGUGAAUCGGAGGACACCUUCACACCCGGCAAGCUAAAUGAAGUACAGCCAAAAAGUUCUUUCGCCGAGCAGGAAUCUGUGCAAAUUACUGAAGUUACCCCCGAUUCGCAAACAGGGGAAUAUGUCGUUGGCGAUAAACCAGGCGAGAGAAGUGCUGACGUCUGUUUGUCUCCUAUUGAACCUGUCAUAACGCAAGACGCAAAAUCAGAAGAAACUGAGAAGGACUUCGACAAGUUUGUGUAUCCAACAGAGAUGGCAAAACAGACUAUUCCCGAGCAAAAGAGCACUGCUGUUUCUGAGAUCACAACGGGCGAGACUGAGUCAGAAUAUGCUCCUGAUGUCAUGCCAGAGCUACAAGAACUGACAGAAGUGGUUGAGCUUAGGGAGCGCAAGACGGCGAUUGCACAAGAUAUUGUGACGGAAGAGAGAGAAGGUGACAAAGAGAACUUCGUGGCAAAGUCUGUGCGCGUUGAGGGUCGCAUUUCGCCACUUGAAGGUCUCAUUGUAUCUGAGGCCCAGCCAGAUUCUGAUGAGGAUACGUUUGAUCAGAAGCCUCUUCCGACAAGCGUUGAUGCGCAAGUGGGCUUCACAACAGAACAAGCCUAUGAUACGACAGAAAUAACCACCCAAGAAGCUGAAGAAAAAUUCGAAAGCAAACUGGAGCAAAAGGUUACAGCCCUAGACUCCAUUAUCCCCCAGGAAUCUACUGUUUCCAGCGAGAUCAUAACAAACGAGCUUGAAGAAGAAUAUCGCCCUCAACAACUACCACAAACUGUUGAACUCAUUCCCUCCACUAAUCUUGUGUCGCAAAAGGCAGCGUCGACAUAUGAGGCCGAGAUUGAUGAGAAGGAGGAAUGGUACGACAUCCAGGAAGAACAAAUGAGACAGCCGACCUUAUCAACGAUUAACCAGACAAGCAUUCUCGUUUCAGAGAUUGUUACAGAUCAAAGCGAAACCGAUUUCAACCCUGAAGUUUUACCGAAAACUACUACAGCAAGCCUUGACGUUUCCACGUUUAGUCCCCUGGAAACAACAACUACCCAGAUAACAGAUAAAACUGAAGAUUGGUCGGCACCGGAGACGAAACAGCGUAAUGCUACAACCACGAUGCUAGAGCAGACCUCGGUGGAUGUAUCCCAGGUCGUGGAGGAUGAACGAGAGGGUGAGUUCAAGCCUGGUAUGCUACCGACCACAUCAGAAGCUACUGAGCAGCUGAUAUUUGAUCAGUAUAAGGCUCCACAGGUCAGCCAGCCGGAGACAGAAGAGAGAGAGGAGUGGUACGAUGCCGAAGAAGUCGACAUUCGACAGUCGAGAGUUGAGGUAAUCGAACAGCGCACGUUGCAAGUUUCGCAAGUCGUAACUGACGAUAGGGAGGACGAGUUUACACCAGACCUAGCGCCAAAGAACAGACAUGCAUCGCUCCAAGUUUCACCAAUGGAGCCUACUGCGGUCGAAGAAGCACUUCCAAAUGAGAAGGAAGAAACCUUUGACACAAAGCCUGACCUCGGAGUUACCGCUGGUGUCGAGGUAAUUCAACAGGUGCCACUGCUCACUGAGCAAACCGAUGCAGCUGAACGUGAGGACGUUCUUCAAGAGCAGAAAACUCCAAGUGGAGCAAAAGCAUCGGUUGAAACGGAAACACCAUGGACGCGAGCACCCACCAUCGGACAAACAGAGCAAGCUGAAACAACGGAAGAAUACUCCUCUGAGCAGGUCACAAGGAAAAAGCCAGGCAUUUCGAUCUUAGAGCAGGACUCAAUCCAAGUCACCGAAUCAGUUGUUGAGGAAAAAGAAGAAGAAACAGAGACAUUCCAAAAGCCAAAAGAAAAGGAAGCGAAGGUAGGAUUCUCUCUCCAGGAAACGUUGUCAACAUCUGAGACGUUAGCUGAUGAGCAAGAAAAACCUUUCGAGAGCAAGCCCGAUUUGGGAGUACGUGCCACAGACAGCAUUACAGGACAACCUGUGGCAGAAACCUCAGAAACGCAGACAUCAGAAGAAACUGAAAUUCACAAAGAUGCUGUUUUGGAUACAUCUGUAGCAAAAGAGUCGACAAACCUCGUGGAAAUGCGCUCAGCUAUUUCCCACCAGCAAAUCACAGACGAAAGAGAAGAUACUUUCAAAACACCUGAAACGAAGCAAGUCAAGCCCAAUGAGGAGAUUUUGGGGCAUGACACAGUUGAAGUAACUGAGGUAGCUCCGGAAACUAAAGAAGUUGAAUUCCAGCCAGGGGAGCUUCCAAAUAAAAAAUCAGCCAACGUCAAAUUCGACUCUCAGGUUGCAAUAGCGAGAGACGAAGUAACCAUUACUGAGGCAGAGGAGGAAUUUACACCAACUGAAUCUAAGCAGCGUACCGCACAUCCUCAGGUUGACGAACAGAUAACCACUAUUGUUUCAGAGACGCUGACCGAGGAGGUGACGGAGGAUGCUACAACAACCCUGCCAACUGGUCAAACGAUCGAGGGCAAGCCUACCAUCACAUCUAGAGCCGUCACAACAAUUUCAGAAGUAACAGCAGAUGACACUGUCGAAGAUUAUGACAUCACCCAGAUCGUGCAGAAAACUGCGAAACCUUCUAUUGACGAACAGAGAGGUGUGGAAAUACAAGAAGUUCGUCCUGACGAUACUGAAACCUCAUUGGAGGAGUUUGUUACUAACUCUAAACAGGCUUCCGUUGACUUUGAGCUUAAGAAGGCUCCAGUCACUGAUGAAACAAGGACGGUCGAAACGGAAGAAACAUACACCUCCGAAUCCAUUGGAACAGCUACCGCAAAGGGAUCCUUCGUGGAAAAGAAGACCAUAAAUGUUAAGCAGACCAUACCCGAGGACAGAGAAGAGACGUUUGAAAGUCCUUCCACAACAGUGGCUAAGCCAACUGAAUCCAUGGCGCCUGAAGACCGCGAAGCGCCCGUCCUUUAUCAGCAACAUCCCGAAGAGAAGGAAGGUACAUUCGCCGACAAAUAUGAAGGCAUUACUGUUAAGCCAAAAACGGUGAUAACCGAAAGAAAAACUGUGGUCACCGCUGAUAAUACAACUGAUGAGAAGGAAGAGACAUUUGACAUCACUUCACCAAAGGAUAGGCAGGCGAGACCAACGGUUGACGAACACCAAAGCGUGGUCGUACUAGAAACAAAGCCCACUGACAGGGAAGAGAGCCUCGACGACUUCAAGUUCCAAGGAAAAUCUGCAAAUGUUGACUUCGAAUUACAGCAUGCUCCAGUGUCAGGAGUCACAACAACCGAUGAGUCCGAAGAUGUCUUCACAUCAACACCCUACAGAACCGAAACAGCGGACGGGGUAAUAAUCACACAAAAAGAAACAGUAACUGUCAAACAAGCUAUCACAGGGGACACCAGUGAAGACUUUGAUGUUUCACUUCCCUCUGGCAAAACACUGUCGGCAUCGAUGGUGCCGGAAGACCGCCAAGCAGCCGUUGGAUUCGGUGUUGAAGUCGAAGAAAAGGAAGUGACGUUCACCGACAAGCCGGAGGGAAUUAAAGUCACUCCAAAGACAAUAAUGACUGAGCGCUCAUCUGCUGUUAGCUCAGAGCCUGUUACAGAGGAACAUGAAGAUACCUUUGAGUCAGUUAAACCCAAAGACAGAAAGGCCAAGCCAGCUGUGGAUGAGACUAGGGGAGUUGAAGUUACUGAAGCAGCACCCACAGAGCUUGAAGACUCUUUGGAUGAAUUUACUGUCAACAAAAAGAAGGCAAAUAUUGGUUUCGAAAUUCAGCAAGCUCCCACGCAAGCAGAGGUGCGACCAGCCGAAUUAGAGGAUACAUAUCAAACCAGAGUCACCAAAACCGAAACAGCAGAAGGUACUGUGAUAACAACAGAAACAAUCACUGUCAGUCAAACGGUGACAAGUGACAGAGAAGCUGACUUCACGGUUAACCUCCCGAAGGACGCGAAACCGGGACAAACUAUGACUCCUCAGGACAGACAGACUGCUGCUACACUUGUCAUCACCCCAAAUGAAAAGGAGGAUGACUUUACUGAGACUACUCAAGAAUUCACAAUAAAACCAAAGGCGGUGCAGCCCGACCGAAAGACUGCAACAAAAUCCGAUGAAUUUGUCGAUGAGCACAUCAUUGAGCUUGACCAAACGAAGCCAGUAGCUGUCAAGGCCAGGAAGUCUUCAGUUGAUGAGCUGGUGACGGCAUCAGAAGGAAUAGUCCAGGAGGAGGAAUCGGUUAUAGUGGAGCAAGAGGUAGUGGACUCUAAAGGCAAACGAAAACGUUCGAAACAGGAGCGUCGACGAGAAUCUGUUGAAGAAAUUCGCCGUGGCUCAGUCACUGAGAUUCGUAGAGGUUCUUUGGAUAUGACAAUACAAGAAGUCCAUGAUGACGAUAUAAGCAUAUCUGAAGAAGUAACCAUACAGCCGACGAUAACCGAAGAAGAUGACGUUCUCAUUACGGAAGGGGAUGGUAUGGAUACGACCCGAAGGGUGGUAAAUGAAGAAAAGGAUGGAAAGAAAAGAAAGGUCGUCAUUCAUACGUUUGCCAGCAAACCAACGGAUAACACCAACAUAGAAGAGAUAGAAACAGUUACACAUAAAACAGAAGAAGAGGUUGUUGAGCAUACCAUCGAUAUUCAACUGGUGGAUGAAGAGUCCGACGAAACUGUUACUGACUUCACGGUCAAGAAGAAGAAAAAGAAGCCAACUAAAGAAAAGACAAAAGAAACAAAAGGUCCGGAACCUGUUGAAGAAACACAAGAAACAGCAGUACUAAAGAAACAGCCAAAGACAACAGACCAGGACAAAGAAAAGACGGAUCAUGAUGUUGAACACACAAUUGAUAUACAAAUGGUCGAUGAAGAAACAGAUGAAACCAUCACUGAUUUGACGAUAAGAAAGAAGAAAAAGAAACCAGCGAAAGAUAGAAAAGAGGACACGACGGCUCCAGAGCCCGUCGAAGAUACACAGGAAGAGACAGUGGUGCUGAAAAAGAAGCCAAAGAAGGAAGGAGCAGAUACAGAAACUGAUACAGAAACUGACACCAAAGUAGUUUUGAAGAAAUCCAAAAAGCCAAAAGAUGCGAAUGAAGAAGAAACCACGUUCGUUGUUCAGACUAUUCCUCAAAAAGAGGACCUCAAAAUAACAGAAGUAGAUAAUACAACGACAACGGAAACAAUCAUCAGCCAGGACAUCACAGAAGAAGUCGAAGUGGAAGAGGAAAAGACAAUCAAGUCCAAGCGCCCGAAGAAACCUAAGGCCAAAAAGCCAACAGAGCAAACACCAGAAGAUCAGGCCGUAGUUACUGAAGAAACUACGCCUACAAAAGAGGUGACGAUGAGUGUGACUGAUCAGAAGGUGGACGAGACAGCGGAAGACAUCGUCGAAGAGACGACAACUGAGUUCAUGGUCAAGAAACCGAAGAGAACCAAGCCUAAGAUAUCUGAGGCUGAUGAGUCACAUGUGACCGAACUCAUAGAUGACAAAGAGGAAUCGACAACAAUCAAGCUGAAGAAAAAACGCAAACCAAAGCAAGGGGAAGACACCGUCAGAGAGGAAUUUACGGUGAAAACAAAGGAAGCGGACACACAGGAAGAGGAGUUCACCGUGAUCCAGCAGACCGACGAAGACGUUACCGAAAUGGAAACAACAGACGUCACGAUCAAAAAGAAACCAAAGAAAAAGAAGCCUUCAAAGGACAUUAAGAUAGAUGAGAAGGAAGGUCAGGAAACAACCGACGAUGCCGUUGAGUUCUGGGUGAAUUGGGAAUAUGCAAAGGCAAUACAGCGUAUACACCACGAAGAACUUCAAUGGGCUCGAACAUCAGGAGUUGAUUUCUCAGAAACGCCCGAACAAACUACCAUCCGCAAGAAGAAAGUUCGGUUCAUUCAAAAGGGAUCUGAAGAGCCCAUUGAAAUUGUUGAGGAGGUUUUAGAAGACAUUCCAGCAGAGGAAACCGAAGAACAGGAAACAAAGAAACCAAAGAAGAAAUCAGCAAAGCGAGAACUAGUUACACAAGAAUCCCUGCAGAAUGAGGAAAUAAUUACUAGUGAAUAUCCAGAAAAAGAUGAUAAAGAAGAAGUCCCAACAGAAGUGGCGGAGCCGCGUCUUGACACAACUGACGACGCUGUUACAGUAUCUGCAGCUGAUGUUGAGGAAACAACACAAGUAUUGCCACAAAAGAAACCAAAAAGAUCAAAAGCAGACAAAACACAAGAUGUGCUGCAGCCAGUGGUCACUGAGGAACAAGUUACUCAAGAAACACCUGAAGAGCUUGAAGAGCUUAGAAAACCGGAUGAAAAAGCUAUCCCAGGCAUUUCCCCUGAUGAUCUACAAACAGCGGUGUCCAAAUCAAAAACCGACACGCAGGAAGCUCCUCGGGAAAAGCCGGAAAAGAAAAAGAAGCCAAAAACUAAAGUGCAAAAACCAACCGAUGAGAAAGAGGACGAAGAUCAGCCACAGGAGGAAGUUCCAGCUCAGCAACCUUCCGCUGAGGAGGAGCCUAAGACAAAGAAGAGCAAACGGCCAAAGAGUCGACCAAAGGAUGUUUCUGAGGCAGUUCCCGAAGACCAAGUGCCUGACAAGCCAGAACAAAAGCCUAUUGAGGAGUCGCUUCAGAAGCACACUGAGGGCACUGACACCGUUGCAGAAGAGAUAGUGGAAGAGAUUAGGACAGCGCCCAUAAUAACGGAUAGCGCAAAGGAGCUCUCUGAAGAGGACAGCCUGGUUGUCGCAGCUGAAGAGCAGAAACCCAAAAUGGAGCAAAUAGAAGAAAGUGUUACGGUAGAGACAAAGCGAGUGAAGAAGCCAAAAGCGAAGAAGCGACCUGAUGAGAAACCAGUCGACAAGUCUGAUGACGUGGAAGAAAGCGCAAGUGUACGCUUACCAGACCAGGAGACGCCGAUCGCAGAAACAUCUGUAACCAUUGAUGUCCCUGAAGAUGAGCAACCAUUAGAUGAGAUCACCGAAUCAGAAGCAGUGACAAUAAAAACACCAAAGGGAAAGAAAAAGAAACCAGUGGUAACAGAGGAAACUGAAGAGGUUGUUAAGCUACAAAAGAAAUCUAAGGUCCACAAGACUGAGGAUGAAAUUGAAUCUGAGACUAUAGAUACUGAGGUAACGCUUAGGCGAGCGUCGAUAGAAAAGCCUCAGGAAUUGACUGAAGAUCAGGAAACAGUGUUUGAGAUCACUGCCAAAGACACUGAAGAAGAUGCUGAGGCAACGGAAGUAACGCCUGACAAUUUGCCUGAGGCCGCUGAAAGCAUUACAAUAAUCAAAAAGGGUAAAACUAAAAAGCACAAACCAAAGGAACCGACUACAGAAAAGCCAAUCGAAGAGGGAGAACAAAAGCCGGAAGAGUCACUCCCGGAAGAACCAGAGGAGGUUUCGAUAAAACUUGCCAAGAAAAAACCUGUAGUCAAAGAAGAAGUGGGUGAGGAGGUAACACUCAAGAAGAAAAAGCCAAAGAAACGAGUUCCAGAGACAGAUCAGGAGGUAGUCGCAUCAUCAACAACACUGAAAAUUAAGCGUCCUGAAGAUGACGUUGAAGCAGAAGCGACUUUACCCGAAGAUCAAGAGGUAGAGUUCGAGCUACCACAAAAGACAAGGACUGAAAGCCCUCUGGAGGACGUUGAAGAUGAAUCUGCUGAAGCGCAAGUUGUUAUUAAGAAGGUAAAAACCGUAGAUGAUGUCGAGAAGGUGGAAGAAGAAGUUAUUGAAGAAAUCAUCAAAAAGAAAAAGCCCAAAAAGAAGCGAACUGUCGUCCAUGAGCCCGAAACCGAGACCUUACUGAAAAGACGUGAUUCUUCAGAAGAUGACGUAGAGGCGGACGCAGUUUUCGGAAAGCCAGAUAAAGAAUUUGAUGACGUUCAGGAAGAGUUCGUCAUAAAAAGGCCAAAGAAAAAACCAUCAACAGUAGAAGAGCCUGAAGAAGCAAUUACCCUGAAGCAAAGGAAACCCAAGAAAUCAAUCGAUUCCGCAGAACAGGAAAUAACAUCAACGGACAUCACUGUAAAACGUAUUGAAGAGACUGUUCAAGAGCACUUCGAAGACCAAGACACUCAGUUUGAAUUUAAGACAAGUAAAACGCAGGAGGUCAGCGACACCGAACAGCCGGACGAAGACGCAGAAGCAAGCGUCCGAAUCAAGAAGACCAAAAAGGGUGACAAGCCGCACAAGAAACGUCAUAUCCCCUUCGCUUCACUGGACGACGAGGAGCAAGUGCGCAUCGAGCUCGCUAAGAGUGCGUCUCAGGAAACAGUUGAGACGGUCUUUUUCCACGACAUGCCCUCAGUAGCAGAUGACAUCAGCGAAGACGUUGAGUUGGCUCUCCCGAGACGCCGAAAGCCUGAGUAUAAGGUGGAAGACGUUGAGACCGAAUUCGGUGUCAAAGCACCGCGCAAAAAGCGCGAGCCGCAAGACGACUCAGCUGACGGUGCAAGUCGUACUGUUCGGCAGACGUUUAAAAUGAAGCUACGUCAGGAUACUAUAGGCGCUGUGCCGGGCUCUCCUGGCUCAUCUGUGGGCGAGGAAUUCGAUUUCAGGUUGACUCCCGUUCCGGACAAGGAGGCGCCAGUCUGGAGCGAGGACAGCGAGGACGCGUCGCUGCAGCUUAAGCUGCGACCCAAAAAGAAAGCCGAUAUUGUGCUUACUGAGCAUAGGCACACAACAGAAUUUGUAACAGAAGUGGCUGAGGAGACGACAGCCCUCGAUGUGACCGAGGGUGACACCUUCUACGCGGUAUCCACCUAUGUGGCCGAGUCGGACGAGACUAUGCAUCUGGUGGAGGGAGAACGCGUCUACAUCCUCGAGAGCCACAACAGCGACUGGUGGUUCGUGCGCAAACACCUGACCGAAGAGGCCGGCUGGGUACCCGCCUCGUACCUCAAGAACGAGGACGAGUACAACCACUAUGUGCAGCGCAAACUCAGCGAGAAAAUCGGAAAAUUGCCCGUCUUCGAAGCGCCCAAGACGGGCCAGAAGUCGAAGGCGCCUCGCUUCACGGAAAAGCUGCAGCCGGUGAACGUGGUGGACGGCGCGGUGGUGCAGCUUGAGUGUCGGGUCGAGGGCGAGCCCAGACCCACCAUCACCUGGUUCCGCCAGACCGCCAUCAUCAAACCCUCCACCGACUUCCAGAUGUUCUACGACGACGACAACGUGGCCACGCUGAUCAUCAAGGAGGUGUUCCCCGAGGACGCCGGCACGUUCACGUGCGUGGCCAAGAACGAGGCCGGCUUCAGCAGCUGCUCUGCGGACCUGGUGGUGGAGGCGCCGCUCUCCGAUCACGGCUCGGACGUCACCCUCACCAGCCGCCGCAGUCUCAGCAGGGAGUCGUCGCUUUGUGACAUCCUCGAGGGCAUCCCGCCCACGUUCAGCCAGCGUCCCAAGACUCGCACCGUCCAGGAGGGCGACGACGUCGAGCUGGAGUGCCGUCUGGUGGCCGUGCCCGAGCCGGAGGUCCAGUGGCUCCUCAACGGCCGGCCCGUCAAGGAGUCCAAGCGGGUCACCAUCACCACGCAGAGCGACAUGCACAUGUACUGCCACUUCAUCCGCAUUCGCGGCGCCAAGACCAAGGACGAGGGCCUGUACGAGAUCGUCGCCAUCAACCGGGAAGGAGAGUCGGCCAACACCAUCACCCUGGCCGUGGAGCCGCGCGGCGAGAAGCAGCCGCCCGAGCUCGUGCAGCCGCUCCAGCCGCUAGUCGUCACCGAGAACGCGCGCGCGACGUUCGUGGCGCGGAUCAGCGGAAAGCCGCAGCCGCGCGCCACCUGGUUCACUGGAAAGCACCCGCUGACGCCCGAGAUGCUGGCCAACAGCGAUGUGACAGUGACCCAGGAGGGCGACGUGUACUCGCUGCACAUCCCGCGCUCGCACCGCAGCGACGCCGGAGAGUACACCCUGCUGGCAGAGAACGCCGCCGGAUCCGCCAAGACGACCGCCACGCUAGUGGUGCAAGAGUCUCAGCUGGAGCCGCCCAUGUUCAUCGAGCGUUUCACCGACGUCCGUGUGGCCGAGAAGAAGCCGAUCCGGCUGACGGCCAAGGUGGUCGGCAACCCACGGCCCGAGGUCACCUGGUACAGGAACGGCAAGAAGCUGAAGUCGGGCAAGACGACGUCCAUCACGCACGUGGGCGAGGAGACCACGCUGGAGGUGCACGAGAGCCGCGUGGAGAAGGACGCCGGCGAGUACAAGUGCGUGGCCGUCAACCAGAACGGCAAGGCCACGCACCAGGCCCAGGUCGACAUCGACGCAGACGUCGUGAGAUUCGUGAAAGACCUGGAGGACUUUGACGUCGAGGAGCGGUCAACGGUCGCCCUCGAGUGUCAGACAUCACAAGAGGUCAAGGUCACGUGGAAGCGUGGCAAGAAGGUCAUCAAGGAGUCGGACAGAUACGAGAUCACACACGUGGGCAAGACUCACCGUCUGAUCGUGCAUGACGUGGUGAUGGCGGACGCCGGAGAGUACACGUGCAGCACUGACGGCGCAGAGACCCAGUGCAAGGUCACCGUCAAAGAGGGCGGCCCGUACUUUGUGGAGAAGCUGACCGACAUCGAGGUGAAGGAGCAGGAGACGGCGGCCAUCAGCGUCACCGUCAGCUCGUCCACCGCCAGGGUCGUCUGGCACAAGGACGGCGCCGCCAUCAGCGAGGACAACGGACAGUACGAGUUUAUCGCCGAGGGCGUGUCGCGCCGGCUGGUACUCCGCUCCGCCACAGUGCACGAGGAGGGCGAGUACACGUGCUCGCUCGACGACCAGGAGUGCACCUGCGAGGUGACGGUCGUCGAACUGCCCCCGGUGCUCACCAAGAAGAUGACCGAUACCACCGUCACCCGCGGCGAGCGGGCCAUCUUCGAGGUGGCGCUCACCAAGGGUGACGCGUUGGUGCAAUGGUUCUUCAACGGCAAAGAGAUCAAGUUCUCUGAGCACAUCCAGCUGGGCAUUGACGGCAAGCGCCAGAGGCUGAUGGUGUACCAAGCGACCUCCGAGGAUGCCGGUACCUACACCUGUCGCAUCGGAGGAGACUCCUGCACUGCCAAUCUCACUGUGGAAGAGCCGACGGUGGAGUUCAUCGGACGUCUGCCGGAGAAGGUGGAGGCGCCCAAGGACACCACGGCCUCGUUCACCGUGGAGCUGAGCGACGCCUCUGUACCGGUCACCUGGCUGAAGAACGGCGAGCCCGUCACGGAGUCGGACUCGUGCACGAUCCUGGUGGACGGUCCGCGGCGCACCCUGCUGCUGAAGGAGGUCCAGUCCUCGGACGAUCGCACCGAGAUCACGUGCACGGCCGGCAACGUCAAGUGCACCAGCAAACUCAGGGUUACCGUGGUCCAAAUGCAGCCGAAGAUCCGCGAAGACCAGCUGAAGACGGAGUACCUGGUGAGGAGAGGAGAGGACAUCAAGAUAACUGUACCAUUCCGCGCCGCUCCGCCGCCCAAGGCCGAGUGGCACCACAACAGAAAGACCAUCAAAAAGUCGAGAAAGUACCUACCGACCAUCACCGAGUCCGAGGCGUGUAUCACAGUGAAGCAGGUGGAGGACUCCGACUGCGGCACCUACACACUCAAACUCGGCAACGAGGUCGGAGACAUCUUCAUCAACAUCUCACUCAAAAUCAUGGAGACGCCGUCGAAGCCGGGUCGCCCGGAGCCGGUGCAGGUCACAGACGACUCUGUCACCCUGCACUGGACCCCGCCUCAGACGGACGGCUGCUCGCCAAUCACAAACUACUGCAUCGAGUACCAGAUGAAACUACAGAAAACGUGGACCAAGUUCGAGGAGACGACGAUCGUCAAGGAGACGACCCGGACGGUGACCUCCCUGACGACCAACUCCGAGUACCGCUUCCGCGUGUACGCCCUCAACGACAUCGGCGCCAGCGAGCCGUCAGAAGAGUCCGAGUUCAUCAAAGUCAAAAAGCCGGUCGCUCCGGAGCGGCCCACCGUGGUGGAGGACCUGAAGGACGUGGUGGCCGGACUCGCCGAGAAGGUCACCCUCCGCUGUGUCAUCACCGGCGUCCCAGAGCCCGACAUCCGGUGGACCCGUAACGGUAAGCCGGUGAAGAGCCGGAAGGUCCAGUACGACCAGCACGUGGCCACACUGACCCUGGAGGACACCACGGAGAAGUCUGCCGGCACCUACACCUGCUACGCCUCCAACUCGGCCGGCGAGGUCGAGACAAGCUGCAUGGUCCAGAUCCAGGAGCCGCCGUCUCUGGAGUAUGAGCCCGCUCUGAAGGAGCAGCGGUUGGCGGUGGGAGCGAGUUGGACGGUCAGGGUGCGCGCGCGCGGCAUCCCACGCCCCUCGCUGCAGUGGUACCGCGGCGAGCAGCUGAUCACCUCCUCUGAGCGGCUGGAGCUGCGCACAGAGUCCGACAGCACUGAGAUCACUAUCAGCCGGCUGGAGCGAGACGACUCGGCGCCCUACCGACUGGUGGCCACCAAUGAUGUGCGGACGGUCACAGAGGAGUUCACACUACGGGUACUCGACAAACCCAGCCGACCAGAGGGUCCCCUGCUGGCGCGGGUGGCCGACCAGGAGUCGGUGACCCUCGACUGGCAGCCCCCGGCCGACGACGGAGGGUGUGACGUGGCCGGCUACUUCAUCGAGAAGUUUGACAGCAAGAAACAGACGUGGACCAAGGUUGCCGACAUCGUUGGCGACAUCCUCAGCUACUGCGUACAAGACCUGCUGGAAGGACACGAGUACUUCUUCCGGGUGUACGCCUUCAACGUGUUCGGCAACUCGGAGCCGCUGGAGACCGCAGAGGCGGUCGUCGUCACGAAACCAUUCGCACUGCCGUCCGCUCCGAUGGGUCCGUUCGAGGUAUCCAGCAUGGGUGACACAUCUCUGACCCUGUGCUGGCAAGAGCCCGAGUCGGACGGCGGGGCCGCCAUCGUCGAGUACCUCGUCGAAAGGAGAAACGUCGGAAAGAAGGCCUGGCAGAAGGUGGGCACCACCGACAGCGAGACGCUCAGGAUUGACGUCACGGGCCUGAAGAAGAACAUGCAGUACAACUUCCGCGUGUCGGCACGGAACGCGGUGGGCGCCGGCCCGCCGCUCGCGCCAGAGGAGGCCAUCACCGUCGGCAAACGGCUCACGCCUCCGUCACCGCCGACAAACCUGACGGUCUCAGACGUGACGAGUCGCAGCGUGACACUGCAGUGGGCCCCGCCCACCAACAUGGGAGGAGCCAACCUCACAGGAUACAUCAUUGAGCGCCAGCCGGCUGGCGACUCCACCUGGGAGAAGGUGGUCACGCUCGACAGCUCCGUCACCCUCUACUGCAUCUCGAACCUGCGGGAGAAGUCGUCCCUGUUCUUCCGCGUGUCCGCCGAGAACCCGAUCGGAGCCGGCGCGCCGGCCGACACCGACCUGGUCUCGCUGAAAACGCACGCCACUCCGCCGUCCCCACCUACGGCCCCGCUCGAGAUGCGCUCCACAGGGCCCAACUCACUGCUGGUGGAGUGGGGCAUUCCUGAGUCCGAUGGAGGCGCGCCGCUGGAGGGCUACGACGUGGCGAUCCGCGAUGCGCGCCGAACCAUGUGGAUUCAGGUCGGCAUGGUGGGUGCCGACGUCACACGACUCCAGAUCAAGGAGCUACACGAAGGACACGAGUAUUACGUGCGGAUCUUUGCCAAGAAUGAAGUGGGGAUCAGCGAUCCCCUCGAGAGUGAAGACGCAGUCAAAGUGGUCAGGCCGGCAGAUUACCUGGAGGCGGAGACGGUGGACGGCGUGGACUGGGACAGGACGCCCUCCCUCAGCGCCACCACCGAGACCUCCUCCUGGCUGCGGGAGGCCGGCAUGGACGCCGACAUCCACUCGUACAGCCGGCUGGCGCUGCUCAGGCGCGACGAGUACUUCUUCCGCAUCUGGUACUACUCGCAGGAGCUGUUCAAAUAAGCGGCCGACCGCCGCUGGCGCGCGCGUCCACCGUCCCCCGUUCCGUGUGCUGAAUCAAAAUGUGUCGUGUCUGUGCGUUUGUACCUUUUAUGAGUAGCGACGACGUCCGGAGGAGGGAUGGUUCUCUGCCGGCUGACCCGAGCGGCCGGUGACCUGACCUGACCUGUGGCGGGUCGCGGCCGACUCUGCGCGGCGAGAGGCCCGUGUGAUACGGUGUAGAGAUGGACGGCAGGAUCCGCGGUGUACAUAGUUCUUAUGGAGUGAUCCGCCGGUACGCAGUUGGAUUCUCAGGAGGGUGGUGACGAUAUAGAAACGGUGUUUGACCCGUCCUGCUCCGGCGGGACUCGUCGGUCGCUCCAGGCUGACCCCUACUAUCGUGACCGACGGGCUGACCCGCCCGGGGCGCCGGCGGCUGACCUCGCCUGACCUCUGACCUCGCCGGUCCAUCUGCUGCUUCCAUCGGGCCGGUGGGGUCGGGGCAGGGCGAGGCGGCUGCUGUCUUUGGGACGUGACCUGCAUAUGACCCCGCCUGACCUGACCGCGACUGGCCCUCUGCUGCAAUUCCAUCUGGUCAGUCGUAUCGGGGAGGUUGGGGUCACUGCUGUCACUGCGGGUGACCUUUGCGUGACCUCGUCUGUCCUGACCUCGGUCGGCCCUCUGCUGCGUCCAUCCGACCGGCCGGGUCGGUAAGGGCGAGUGUCGGCGCUCUGAGGUCAUUUGAGGCGUCUGAGGGCCCACGGGUAGCGGGCAGACGCCAGCGAGAGGCCAUGUUAUUUGUUAUGGAGAGGUGUGAGCUAAUGGAAUACAGUAGUAUCGGCAA